AGAUUCGGUACCCUGACUGCUGGACAUCACAUAUAGAAAGAAGAUCUGAGGAGGGACACCAGCAGGGUAAGAACCACGAUGCCUUAAUGUGAUUUCACAGUGUUGGGGGGGCUGAUGGCUUGAGGUGGGGGUCAGUGUUUUUAAAUCCUACCCUGGCACCCAGGGGGGUCUCUCCCUGUCUACCCCUGAAUGCAGGAACCACCUGUAUUAAAGGGGGAUCUACUGGCCAUGGUGCUGCAGGACUGGGCUAUUAAUGAUGGCUGGUAGAAUCAGUGCAGGCUCAGGGUUAAAGGGUUUAAAGAGACCCCAUGCCCUGGGUUUGUCUCCCAGCUGGGAUUGUGCAGCUGCAUGGAUGCAGAUAAGGGAUUUAAAGGAGGCAUCCUAGUGCAAUGCGAAAACUGGGUGUGUUGUCAUCAUCCCUGACUGCCAUACACUGCAUGCACCAUCACUACCCUGCUUUAUAAACCACACAUACAUCCACUAUCUUUACAUUUCUUAGAUCUAUGCAAGACAAAUAAAAUGGUAUUUGUAAUAUAUAUGUAUAAUGGGUUAUUCAUCUUUAGAAACUCAAUCUUAAUCCUGAGCACAAUGUCCCCAAAAUAUAUUUUCUAUUUGGAUACUUUGUGAUCUUUCAGUAGAAACUCACUACAGCUCUUUUUUCUAAGAUGACUUUGAUGUUUAGUACAGCUAUAUAUGUUUAAAUGCACUGCAAUGUCCAGUGAUUGUCAAAGAUGAAUGUACAUAAUUAUAUAUACAUGUACAGCUGGGAGGCUUUUGAUGACUUCUUCAUGUAAGCGCAAUUAGUUUAUUAAAGUCACCAUGUAUGUAUAAUGAUGGUUGUUUUAACUAACUAUCACCUGUGGAUCUGCUCAAUAAGACAGUGCUUCAUUAGGAUCCAGAACUGGACAUUUGUGAUAAAUUAGUGUGACCCCAAUGGUUUUAACAGGCAUCAUUUGAUCAGCCCCCCUUCCCCCAAACUGCCUACAGUAAAUUAGUUACCUCACUGCCUGGGAACCCCUCUGACACUGGGAAAAGUUUACCGAAGAUGUUUUUCAGAAUUUAUUUUGUUGCAUUUUACAUAAGAGUUUAAGAACAGGCCCUAAAUUAAUUUUAAUUGAAAUAAUGAGUUGUCUAGCUAGUGUCCUAUGCAACAUGGGGUUUGAAUGUUGCAAUCUUAAUGAUACAUAAUAUAAAUAAACACAAACAAUGUAUUUUAGCAAAUUGUUUAUUUAAUAACUUGAAUAGUGCACUUUGGAGAAUGGCUCUGAACCUUUAUUACAGAUCUCACAAUUCCAAUUAAACAUCAACAACCAUAAUAAUAAUAAUAAUAAUAAUAAUAAUAAAACCAUAACUUUGAACCAAACCAACAUAUUAACCAUAACUACUUUCCAAGGCUCUGCCCCCCCAAAGCCAGGAGCCAUAAAUAUAUCUUAAACCAAAUACACCCUCCUGUUAUGACCAGGAGGGCGACUUACAUCCCAUAAUAGGGUCACAACAUAGGUUACUAAAUGAAAGAGAGGGUGGGUGGGAGCAGCAGCUCAAAUAUUUAAAACCGCCAACCUUCAGAUAUGUCUGGCACAAGCUGAGGUGCCUUUAAAUUUAUACUCAUGAGUUUCCCUCCACUGUGAACCUCGUGCAGCGAACUACCAUUCAGGGCUCCUGGCCGCGAGCUUCCCGCUUUACUGGUAGCGCGAGCUGCCCUGCACCUAAACCCUAGCGUCCGCUGCCCUUACUUACCAACGAACUCCGCUCCAUCAAACCUCAUGAGGAUGCUCCUUAUUCAGUACGCAUGCCUGACAUUUCGAAGCCAUGUAACAAAAAGCAAACAAAAACACCUGUGAUCUGUGAAUUGAGAAGGGACAUGCCAAGUUUAGACAAACAAAUUUGACAAUAUCCCAAACUCGAUUGUUGACUCAUUUCACUAGUUAGUGAAAAGAAAAAAUAUUUUAAUGUAUUAACUCCAAUUUAUGCACUUUGAUAAGGAUGAUUAAAACCGCUGCAUUAUUUUAUGAUCCUCUUACAUUAAAUCCUUUUACUGUCUACGUUCUGCUAGCCUUGUUUGUCCAAGGGACCUGCACCACUUUUCAAUGCAGUGAUUUUCUACAUGUCAUGGGGUUACACUCAGGUGAGGUUGUGGUAUAGGACAAGUCAUUUUAUUUGCUUUAAAUAACUAUAACCUCAUGCUCAUUUGGGUACCUGAAAUUAUGAGGGAAAAAAGCUCCUAAUCACAGUUUAUAUUUAUAUAUUUAAAUUGUACCUGUCACACCUAACAAGAUUUAAUCGAUGAUCCAUCUCCGCUCUAUUCUUAAAAUAGUUUUUAUUUUUGCCAUUCAUAUUUUAAUUCACUACAGCUAGUUGUUUUUUUUUUACUGAAUAAACAGUUUGUUGCCAAUUUAAGGGAUGUAGAAUUGUAUCUAUACAUUAUGCUAGCCAAUUUGCUAGUAAAAGUAUACAUCAAAAGUUACAUAGUGUUUUAUCAUUUGGAUCUUGAUUUUCCUGUCGUGCCAUAGGAACAUCUUCCAUUAAGCAAAAAGUCUGCCUCACUGUACGUCAAAUGGGCAACCAAGGGCGUGUGGGUGGGGAGGUGUUCAGGGGCGAGACUGUCUUGGAACUUUUGGCUGACUUCUUGACCUGGUGACAGCCAUCUAUGUAAUUUUCAAAGUCAUUUAGAACAAUGCUCACAUAUUUAUGAUUGCAAAUUAAUUUAUUAUGCUUUAAAGGCAUAUUACUGAGACUUAUUGUGUUCUGGGGGGAUUCGGUUCCAAAUGUAGACUGUUGGUAGGUGUGAUAAAGCAUAAAAUAAUUAAGGUGAAAAUCUGCAUUGAAAGCAGACUCCUGAGCUUUGUUGCGCCUAUAUAGAGAUUGACAGGGAUUGGUCAGGACAAGUAAAAUACAAGGGGUAUCAGAGGGGGAUGCAGGGCCGGGGAUGCAUGAGCAAGUUAAAAAGCUUGUCUAGACUAGAGCACUAAGAACAUUGUGGCAAGUCUCAUUCUCACAGACAAAACGGUAUUCAUUGAUUAUGGCUACUACAUUACUUCAGUAGUUUUGUAAUGUCCCUGCUUCAGUAGGUAGUGUUUGUAAAAUAUAUUUGCAUUUAUGUAUUUAAAGGACCACUAUAGUGCCAGGAAAACAAACUCAUUUUCCUGGCACUAUAGUAUUAAUAGGUCCCCCCCACCCUCAUGGCCCCCCUCCCACCAGGCUGAAUGGAGAGGAAGGGGUUAAACACUUACCUUUCUCCAGCGCCGGAGAAAGGUAAGUGUUUAACCCCUUCCUCUCCAUUCAGCCCGGUGGGAGGGGGGCCAUGAGUUAUUUAAUUAUUUAUUAGUUAUCACAGUAGUAUCAGCAAUAUUUUGUAUGCGGAUUGGUUUCUCAAAGAAAAAAAAAAUCAUCAUGUUGAUAAAGGGACAAGGCUGAACUGAUCCCUCUAUUUUCAUUUUCAAUAUACAGAAAAUACAUUUAAAAGAAAAAUAUGCCUUUGCAUGUCCAUUGUUUGCUGUAAAUCCUCAGAUCUGCAUAAACCAGCUGGGUCAGUAAAUAGGGAAUUCAUAUUCACUAGGGAUAUGAACAAUUUAGGUCAAAGUAGAGGAUUUGGAAAAAUUCUCCAACUCAACUAUGCUUCUAGCUCAGCUAUUUUAGUCUGAAAUGAAAUCCCUAGUAAUUUCCCAGCAGUUCUCUAUAUGGUGAAAAACUCUGCAGGAUGCCAGUUUUCACAUGUAGCCCUGGUUCUCCUAUUGUUUUCAAUGAGAGUGCUGUCCAUAUACCAUGAUGGCUUUUAUUAAUAUUAUUAUUAUUAUUAUUAUUAUAUUCCUUCAGGAUGUUGUGAUUGUAUUGCGUUGCUGUGUGUCCAGUUUUACUUCCUGCCUUACACGAGUAAGAUCCGACCAGCACUGUGGGGCAAAUGCAGUUUAAUGCCAGGUUACAUGCCAGAGCAGCAUUCCCAAUUCCUGCUCCCGACAGCCUUUUCCUCUGACUAGCAUCACUUCAGAGGUGUGUUCUAGUGGAGCUCAAUUACUAAGGCUGAGCACCCCUCUCUCUCGCUGGAGAGGACAGCACUGGUGUGAUAUAGUCCUUUUCCUGAACACCAGAUGACACUUGGUGAAGGGUAAAACACACACUUUUAUUGUCACAAAGCACUCAUAUUUAUAGGGACAAUCACAACAGAAGGAUAUGAACAGUAACAAUAUGUUCCAUCCCUGGCACUGCUGUGUCUAGGAGAUAAUCAGAUCAAUUACCGCUAAUCUAUUUAUUAGCUUUAUAUUAGCUUCUAGACAACAGGGUACCUUAACUGGAUAUCCCUUAAAACAUACAUUUAAAAAUUAGGAAACACCACACACGUGGUAUUUCAGCAUAGCUUGUGUUCAAGCUCCCUAACUGGCAAAAUAGCGCUGUGAUCAGUCACAGGGGGUCUGAGAUACGUCCCAUUAAAGUUUCAGCGGGUUGUGCCAAAAGUUCCUAUCCGCUCAGUAGUUUCACACAGUUUCUAGGUUUGUUCCAGAGGCUCCCUCCCAAACUCAAACCUACCCCCACCUGUCCCCAUUCUCAGGGGGAUACUGUGACACCCACACAUUCCAAUAGUAAAUUUGCAAACAUGUGUUUCCAGCCGAGAAUAGUAACCAUUACAUGUGUGUUAUGCAUUGGUAUCAUGUAAAUGUGUUUAAUGCGCAAAUGUGAUAUGAACAAAGCGUUUCCCAUUUGUUUGAAUGGGAGAGCAGUAUUCUAUGAAAUAUCUAAUUCAUGGCUGUGGAAGUUGCAGCAGCCAGUCAAGUUUCUGGCGAUAGUCUGCAAAUAAAGCCUUCAAUGUCCUUCCCAAAAUAAUAUUGGAGGAAACUUUAUGUACAUUUUAUGGAGUACACUAAUAGGCGCUAACUCCCAACAGUGGGUUGACAUACUCCCAACAGUGGGUUGACAUAUCACACACAUACACACUGACACUCCCAACUAUAUACACAGAUAUAUACACACACACACAGAUACACACUGACACUCACAACUACACACACAGAUAUAUAUAUACACACACACACACACACACACACACACAGAUACACAUACCUAAACAUACACACUGUCACACAAAUUGCAGUUGACAUUAUUUACCACCCCCUGUUUCCAUACCUUUUGCUGCAGGGAGGUAAAUUCCUGGGGCUAGCUGAGGCUGAUGGGGUGGGAGUCUGCCUCCAGAGGUCUUUCUCCUCCCUCCUCCUCUCUCAGCGUGCCUUCAGUCCUCCCAGCCCGCGCAGUCAGUAAGCUGGGAGGAAGUAACAGAUAGAUAGUCACUUCCUCCCGUCACUCUCUGCUCUGGAGGGGCUCGGUAUCGGCUCUCUGCAGCCUUCCCUCCUCCAUGCCGCACGAUCUCAGUAUGCAUUCGCUCCAUAAGACACAUACAUUCAGGGACGUUUUAGCCGCGAGCCAAACAAGGCACUUGCCUUGGGCGGCAUUUUCCAGGGGGCGGCAUUUUCCAUAUUCCGGCUCCCAACCUCACUCUGCAGCGCGCGAUGGAGCUGAGCAAACAGCUCAGAGGAAGUGCUCCCUCGCCAGCCGCCCGCCAGCGCCGCCCUCCCAGCAGCCACUGGACCCCAGGGCUGCCUAGGGCAGCACAAAACCAGGAUUCACCACUGCAUACAUUUCCCCUUACUUUUAAGGAGGAAAAAAGUGUGUCUUAUGGAGCGAAAAAUACGGUAUAUGCAUUUAUUAACAUAUACACAAUUGUUUCCUAAUCUAGCUUUGACACUGUGUGUAUCUCACCUAGCUGUGGACAAAUAACAAGGUCGUUCCUUUAAUCACUACACCAAAAAAUGGCCAACAUGAAAAAUGUGAAUGUAUAAUAUAGACAAUGUCUAUUGGAAGAUAUCCUAUACGUUAAUAAAGGGAAGCAAAGCCAUAUCUCCAGAUGGUAAUAGUGCUUUAAGGACCUUGCUAAUGCAUAACGAAUGCGUCACAGAACUAAUGCAUUAAUACUAUUUUAGGAAAAUCAAUAUCUAUAUGUCAAAGCCUUUCUGACAUGGCUACGUUAUCCCAGCAUGAGCAGCAUUUAAAGAAUCAAUAUGAUUAUAUAUUGAUAGCACAUGUGCACAGCACAUUUUUUGACUAAUCAGUUGGAAGUAAAAAAAACUCCAUUUGUAAAUGGUACCCACAGAUUACAAUCCGUUUAAAAUAAUUACCUUUUGAAAAGGAUAUGUGUUGUUUUGCGAGAAAGCAGCCUGAUUGGGUUUAUUGGCAUUCAUUUGAGCUAUUUGUAUUUGUAGGAAUUGCAAUGCAAGCUUUUAUAAUAUAAAAAUGCAAAAAUGUACUCUGCUGUAUCUAUAUUGGUAACAGACUUACUGAUAUGAUUGUUACUAAACUCAGUAGAGAGAGUGGUAAUCAUUAUAGAAGUAUGUGAUGACCCUGGAAGAAGAAUGCUGUGAUUGUUCCUAAAAUUGGUUGCAAUUAUACAAAAUAGUUUUUUCACAUUUGGCAUUGAUAAAGCGUUUGAUUUUAUUAAAGGAGCACUUUAGUUUUGGGAAUACAAAGUAGUAUUCCUUACACUAAAUUGUUCAUUGACUCCCCAUCUCACCUUUGUCCCCCCACCCGCAAAUAAAGGGUUAAAAUCCCUUUUUACACUUACCAAAUUCCAGCACCGGGGUCCCUUGAAAUAUCAGUGCUGAAAGUGAACCUAAUGGCCAAUGCUGUUAGUAUGUAUUGUACUUACACACAUUCAGUGAUUAUUAUUGAAUAACUAGACAAUAAACCCCUAAAUUUAUAUGGUUAUUUUAAUUGGGUUCUUGGAAAAGCAACGUAACAAAUACAUAGUUAUUUACCAAAGGGAAAAUUGUCAGGAAUUCAAAUUGAAAUUCAAAUUUAAAGGAACACUAUAGUGUCAGGAAUACAAACAUAUAUUCCUGACAAUUUAGACCUGAUGUGGUAUUUUAGGAAACUGGCCCGCCCCAAUCGCACUGAAAAGAUUAUUUUCCUCACCUUUUCUUCUAUGCCGUGCCGGUCUCACUGCGGCUGACCCCGCCUGGCUCCGCCUCCAAUCUUGGUGAUUUCAGCCAAUCCAGUUCUUUCGCCUAGCAAUGCAUUGGCAAAACGCUACACUGUGCCAGUCAGCAUCUCCUAAUUUUUAUGCUUUUAAUCAAUGCAUCUCUAUGGGAAGCGUUCAGCAUCUCCAUGCAGAGCAUGGAGAAGCUGAGCAUGAGUGCUGCAUGCUGUGAGUGACUGCCACUAAAACUGUUUGCAUUGAAAAGCCUGGAUGGACAGGCUAUAGUCACCAGAAUCACUGCAUUAAGCUGUACUGGUUCUGGUGACUAUAGUGUCCCUUUAAGGCCAAAGAAGCUGUACUGGAAACUUCAUUAAGUCAGGUUUAAUUCAAGUUAGGCUUCUUUGACUUUAAAUUUAAAUGGAAGCUAUAGUCACCAGGAUCAUUACAGCUUAAUGUAGUGGAUCUGGUGUCUAUAACAUGUCCCUGCAGGCUUUUUAAUAUAAACGCUGUAUUUUCUGAGAAAAGACAGUGUAUACAUUCGUGCCUGUAGAGGCAGUCACUAAGGCGGCCACUUGAGGUGCUUCCUAGUCCAGUGUUGCACAGUGUGCUGCACAGGGCCGGCCUUAGUCCUUUAGGCGGCCUGUGCGAAAAGUAUUCACAGCCCUCCUCCCCCGUUUCUUGUAUACAGUCACACACACAGGUACAGGCAGACACACAGAGGGGCUGGGGACACACAGAGAUACACAGAAAGGGUGUGGGGGACAAAGACAUACAGGGCUGUGGGGACAAACAGACAUACAGAGGGCUGGUAGGAAAAGGAGACACACAGAGGGGCUGGGAGCACAAAGAGACAUAAAAAGGGUUUGGAAAGAGAGAGAGACGCACAAAAAUACAAAGGAGUUGGGGAAGAAAGAGACACACAAAGGAAAUGGGGCAGUAGGAGAAAGAGAAACACAAAUAUGAUAAUUUUAUUUGGGAUGGUGCAAGUAGCUGGUCUUGCUUUGGGCACUAAAUAGUCUAGCACCGGCCCUGCCUGUGAAUUCAUAUUUUGAAAUAUUAAAGCAAGUGCAUGGAUUAACUAUGGGGGUCACAGAAGGUUGUAAUAAAUCUCUUAAUCCAUGUCUGUCUUUGAAGAAAAGAGUAGGUGGUAUUAACAAGGAUUUAAUUGCCCUGUAUUGUACAUGUCACACUAAAUACAUUGUCCUGUAUGGUUAAUAUGACAAACUAUUUCUUAAAUAUUAGCCAAAAAACUAAUAAAAGAAAAUACUCUACCUCAGCUAAUUUUCCAACUUGGCUAUGUUGACCAAAAAUUUUCUGUUCUCUUCAAUUCUCAAGAUUCUGUGUUUAGUUAAUAAAUUCCUAUUUAUGAAAUACUCUUGAAUUGAGAAGCACUGCAAUCUCAAGUUUUCUUUUUUAGAAUAGCCCCUUGUUUUAGCCCCAAAUCCCGUCCAUCUAGCCCUAAAGUCCUUUUUUUUAGGACAUGCACAAUUUUAAUGUGUAUAAAUACAUGGCAGAGCUCCACAGCAAUAAAACUUACAUUAAUGUGUAUUUAAACUAAAAUACAUUUGUUCAUAAAACAGUAAGAGACAUUGGACUUCUAAAUGUUAUUUUAUAGAAAUAGCUCUAAAUGGGUUACAAAAUGUUUCAAUUAGCCACACCCAAGCUGUACCUCCUUAAAGGAAAAUACCCCUCUUUAGCAAUUUGCAAGGCUAGAAUGUAUUUACUGAGGUCCUAACAGCCAGUGACUUUUUCAAUAGUUGGACUUUAUGGCUGUUUGCCCGUGGGAUCUAUGGACAGUGAUUGUACAAAGUGCGCUGUUUAUAUCCCAAGACAUUGACUGCUAAAAUUUUAUAUGUGUCGUAUAAUUUGGAGUUCUAGAAAUGUCAAUGCAUGCUGGGAAGUUGUCUAAUAGCCAAGCAAGUGACAUUCAAAUAUUGUCUUCUGUUCCACCAACAGAAACAGAAUUGUCCUAUUUUAAGUAGGAAACACAAAGGGCGUACUUGACUGUUUUACUGACAUGGCUGAUGUGUCUGAUGUAUAACAACAUGUGUUGUGUUUAUCUCAGUCCUCAUUAAAUUUUCUGUUCUCUUAUAUAUGAUAAUAAACCACUUAAAUGUGCAGCUUUCUCAUGACAUAUGCAUAGUCGCCUUCUCGGCAUAUGCUUUACAAAACCCCCAAACUCCCUAAGAAUACUUGGACACCUUAUUUUGGGGAAAUUACCACAGGUUUAAUAAUGUAAAUAAACACAUAACAUUUGAAGGUCAUUGACAACAUACAUUAAACAUUACAUAUUAACCCCAACUCCUUUAGCAAUUCUACCCCAGACACUGACCCACAUCACAAUAAAUGAUACCACAUUAUAAGAUAUAAUUAACAUAUAAAACAUAAACCAUUGCCACCGAGAGCAUAAUUUUCCAGGUUUCAUAAUGUAGGGGUAUACCGAGAUCCACCAUACACACACCAGGUUCGGAGCUACUAAUGAGCUCAAACCUACCAAUAUCUCUCCAAACCCAACUGUUCUUAGCGAACUAAACUAUCUUACAUCUGGACAAAUGACCUACACCCCAACUUGUCUAUCCAUCCCCCACCACCGUGACCAAACGGGAGCUAAAACAAAAAGGGAGGGAGGGGAGACAAAAACAGGUAAAUGAGGAUACCCCUUCUAUGCCUGUCUCCUAGCAAUGUCAAGGCCCAUUCCCCGUAGCUGCGCUGCUCCAUGGGCUACAAGCAACAUACAGGACCAGAAUUGCUUUAAUGCCUUCUGUUUAAUAAAUUGGAACUAAAUUGUUAUAUUAUGCACUUAUUAUUUUUAUUUAUAGUUGUUAUUGGGAAACAAACAUAGCAUAUUUAUUUAACGUUUUGUUAUUGAAUGGUACCUGCAAAGAGACAGUAGCAAACACCUGCUGGAAAGGGUUGGCACUCCCGGUGGGGAGAACAAAGAUCUCCCUCACCAGCAAGCCAACUCUCCUGCAGUGGGGCCAAAUCGACGGGGAGAUCUUCCUACUCAAUCUCCCUCACUGGACCUGGUCUAUUGCAUCAGAGCUUUGCCACUGGUUACACCUGCAACACUCUGAUACAUUUCCCACACCUGACCAACAGGCAUCAGGUGCUGUAGUGGGGGAUAGGGGCUGUAUGGGAUGGGGGGGGGGAAACAAUUUCAGUCUAGUUUUUAUUUUAGUUUUUUUUAGCUUUUUGUUCUUUUUUUUUUUUUACAUCAGUUUAGUAUAUUUUAUUACCUUUUACGGCUUACUUUGGAGGGGGGAACAACUUCAGUUUAGUUUUUUUUUUUUUUUUUUAAUUGGAAAAUGCACCCCUCCCAAUAUAAACCCCUAUCCCCCACUACAAUACCUGAUGCCUGUUGGUCAGGUGUGGGAAAUGUAUCAGAGCUUUUUCUGGGGUAACCAGUGGCAAAGCUCUGAUGCAAUAAACCAGGUUCAGUGAGGGAGAUUGAGUAGGAAGAUAUCCCCAUUGGUUUGGCCCUACUGCAGGAGAGUGGGCUGGUCGGUGAGGGAGAUCUUUGAUCUCCCCAUCGGCAAUGAUGCCCCUUUCCAGCAGGUGUUUUGCGCUGAUGUGUGUGUAUAUAUAUAUAUGAGGGGUGGGAGUGCAUUGAGGAAACUGGCCUUGGCGCAGCAAGGAAGGUAAAUCCGACUCCGUUUGCAGCAUUAGGACAGCAGCGGCCAAUAACUUCUGCGGUUGCUUGAGAAAUCACUUUACAUAGUCCAAUUGUCCAACAGAACACUGUGAUUCAGACAUAGUGUAAACUGAUAGCAGCUGGCUUCUAUUGGCUUAUGGAGACGUUUAGCUCAUCCUAUGUAAUGGAUAGAAUUGCAGCUGCAUUAAAAUCACUUGUCCCAUAAACUCUGCUGGACUGGACAUUAUGGGAUCAUAUUAAACCCAAUAGACCAGAGUAAAAGAGGAGUUGCAUAGCUGCUGACACUGUACAUGUGUAGCAAACAUAUUCUUUUAAUGUAUGAAAGAUGGUUGUCAGUCUUACUUAUCAUGUCCCUUUAAUUGAGAGCCAUAUAGGUUAAAUGUUACAAGCUUUUCUGUUUUUGUUUUUUUCAGUCAUAGUAACAAAGAUUGAUUUCCCACUAGAUGCAAUAAUACCUACUCGACUUUGCAGUAGAAAAUUCAUUCAUUUCCAAAAGAUGUGGGCACAAAAACAGAGACAGUCUAUUUUAAAGAGAGGGGUGUAAAAAAUAUACAAUAAAUAUAUGUAUGUAAGCUUCUCUGCAGCAACUUAAAUAUGUAGUUUCAGAAGUACCCUAAAUUCUGAAAAGAGACUGCUUUCAAAGCUAAUAGGAGAUGCAGCUUUGUAAUCUCUCAAUUGAAGGGAUGCCCUGAAUAAAGCUGUGUGUCUGUGUGUCUGUGUGUGUGUCUGUGUGUGUGUGUGUGUGUGUGUGUGCAUGUAUGGAGCUGUUCAUGAUCUCUUAGAUAGUUAUAAGAGGGUUCAAACAUUUUGUGGGACCUGUUAGAUGUGCUCAACCUGUACAAGAAAAUAUCUAACAUAACUUCCCCCUGUGAUGUCACAAAAUACGGGGUCGGCUUUUAACUGCGGAGAUUUUUGCUACCGCUACAUUGAACCAAAUUAAAGGAGACAGGGACAGUGAGUUAUAGUGUAUGCACUGGGUAUUUAAGUCUGGCAGAUUUACAACAAAUUGCUAUGUGAAUAAUAUCUGUGUAAACAUCCAAUAUCCAAAGCAUGAACGCGAGCUUCCAGUUUCCUUCCAGUCGGAUUAGAUAUGAUGUAUUGAUAACUCCAAUGAAAGGCCUGCUUUGUUCAUAACAGGUCUCCUGUCACACAGAUCAAAGUAUUGCCAUGAUCACACACUGGUACUCUUGUUUCUACCCAUUUAUUAGUGCCUUGGAUAGAAAUACGUUGGUAGUUUAAAUAUAAAGGAAAAUAAUGUAUGUUGUAUUACUUAUUUAAAUAUUGUAACACAUUAAUUUAAAAUACUGUAAACAGUAUUUUUGUACUCCAUGCUAUAAACUGACAACCACAGUUGGGCAAUAAAGACAAAUGGCUCCAUUAAACACGAUGGGCUAUUGUAGUCCUGCCAACCAGCCAUGGGAAGGGUAACAUUUUCUUGAAAUAGUCCAUUCACCAUGGUUACUCUAAACAAAAAAAGGCUUCGACAAAUGGCCUUCUAUUCCAGAAAUAAUGUGUGAUUUAUUUUAAGAAUUGCUUAGUGUACAUGCUGACAAUCUAAUACUAUUGCUUUAACUCUCAGCCAGUUCACUAUUAGGUGCUGCUUUCAUAUAUGUAGAAAAUAAGCAACGCAAUGUAUUUUGGAAUUGCCGAUACAAUUGCUGAAUUUGUAUUUAUACAAAUUGUGAAUAGUAUGGGUCAUUUCCAUGGUUACCUGUUAAUGCCGACCAAAAAUCUAAAUGCGGAUUUACCACUGAAACAGUUAAAAUGGCAACUUGUCAUUAUUAAAGGGACACUUCAAGCUUCAUAGUCAGUAAUAUUCCCUGUGUAACAAACAAUGAGACAAUUACUAUCGGCUUCACUGAAGAGAACUGAGCUGCGUGAAAGUGAUUUCCUGUAACAAAUUCGCACUUUAAUGAAUAGACAUACAUUACAACAUACAUAUUAGUUUGCUUUAAUGUACAUAUGUGGUUAUGGUGUCUGGAGACUCCUAAGGCCACCCCACUGUUCAAUGUGAAACCAUUUUUAAAUGCUUAACAAGGUCAAUGCCAUUUCUAUGUAUAAAACAGUGCCUUCGCAUCACUUCACACAUGUGCCCUCCUUCUUGCCAACUGUCCAUUUUGCAGUGAAUAGGAGUCUGGCUGGUAUACCCCAUGAGCGUCUCCUGCUGUGCGUGAGAAGUAUAUGCAUUUGCCCGUACACAAAAAUUGUACUAACUGUUAAGAGAAUGUUUAAUUUAUUUAUUUUUUUCCACCAAUACAAAAAAAUUGGCAGCAGAGCCGUAUCAAUAAUGAUCCAUUUUAUUUGCCCUUAUUUUCCACUUCAAUAAACCUUAUGAUUGAACCAAAGCUGCUUGCUCACUGAAGCAUCCUGGAUGUAAUAAUUAUUAAAGUGCGUAUCUUACAGUGUAGUAGAUAUGAAUUUCAACUUGCAUGUGAGAGAAGAAACAUUAACAUUUGCACAUGGAUCCUACACUCAGUUUAAAUGUAAUCUGAACCCAUGUCAGUGAAUUAUUGAAAUAGGAAAGUGUAUGUUCGAUCUAUGCCUUAUUAUAAUAUUGUGAUCAAUGGUGAUUAAUAAAGUUUACGGAUGGUGGGCAGCUAGACUGCACACCUAGAAUUGGCUCUGCUCCCUGACUUGUUCAAUCCUUCCCAUUUAACCCCAUGUACCAAACCCAUAACCUAAAGAGAGGCCAUGCCCUGUAAACAUAUAGAACUGCUUAAUUGAUAUACAGAAACCACUUUGAAUAGGUCCUAUUCCACUCUUAUUGCUAUUACUCAAAGACAACCCUAGAAGAAAGGACAAUACAAAAGCAUGUCUUUUAGGAUGUCAACCAUCCAACGGCCCAAUAGAAAGCCAAAGAGUGACAUAAAAAAAUUCUGUUAAAGCAGACUAACCAUGUCUGAAGGGUCUUAAAGAAUGGGGACACAAUAAUGUUUUUUUUUUUUUCAUAUACAAUGUUAUCAUUAGCUUUUACCACACCAUUUCAGUUGAUUUUAUUGCAACAAAACCCAAGGGCCACAAUGUGACCUGUCCGCAUGGACCAUCAUCCAUUGCUUGUUAUAAAGUGACAAUUCAUCUAUAAAAAAAAAAAAAAACUAAACAUUGACCUUCCAUUCUAAAUAUAUACUUCUUGCUUUUUACACACUAACAGGGGCUCGCAGAGUGGAACCGGUGAUCAAGGAUUUUUUAAAUCAUGUCAUUUCGAAAGGAAUUUGAUAAGUACAAGAAUAUAAAUGAAGAUGAAAUUCUUAGCAAACUCUCGGAAGAUGAAUUAAAACAGCUGGAGAACGUUCUAGAGGAACUUGAUCCUGAAGUAAGUUUAAUGAAGAGAUUAAUUUUCAGUAUUGUUUAGAAACCACAAACAUUUAACAGCCUUCAGCCAUUUAAGUAAUCUCUGUGAAGUGUUCUGGUUUCAGGGUGCUGUUUUAUCAGAAUUCUAGAACAAUUAAAGAUUCAAGUAAAAUACACAUUUUGCUAAAAGCUUUGUAUGUUUAACUAAUAUAUAUAUAUAUAUAUAUAUAUAUAUAUAUAAUGUACAGUGAGGGAAAAAAGUAUUUGAACGUUUGCCCACUGACAAAUAAAUCAGCAGUCUAUAAUUUUAAUGGUAGGUGUAUUUUAAUAGUGAGAGACAGAAUAACAAAAAAAAAAAUCCAGAAAAACGCAUGUCAAAAAAGUUAAAAUACACCUACCAUUAAAAUUAUAGGCUGAUCACUUCUUUGUCAGUGGGCAAACAUUCAAAAUCAGCAGAGGUCAAAUACUUUUUCCCCUCACUGUACUCUAGUACAGAAGUAAGCAACCUUCAGCACUCCAGAUGUUGAGAACUGCUCUUACACACAUAAUGCUGGCAAAGCAUCAUGGGAGAUAUAGUCCAAAACAUCUGGAGUGCCGAAGGUUGCAUAGGCCUGGCCUAGUGCAAUACCAUAUAAUCUGAUGUACUCAGUAGUUCAGUCCAAUAUAAAAGUAGAAAAGUCCUCCCAUCAAAUAAAAAAACCUUGUAAAAAUUUGUAAUUUGCUCACAUACAGGGAUAACUUACAAAAAGAAGAGGGAGGGGGAUAAAAAAAAACAAUGAUGUGUGAAAUGAUAAAAAGCUAAAAUGUUUAUUUUAAAUAUAUUAAAACUUGAAUGACAAUUAUAACAACAUACUCUCAUAAGAGUUAAAAAGGUUAAAGGAUCACUAUAGUGUCAGGAAAGCAAAGCGGUUUUCCUGAUACUAUAGUGCCCUAAGGGUGCCCCCACCCUCAGAGUCCCCUCCCCCCCCUUGGCGCUGGUGACCUCUCCUCCCCAUCCGACGUCAGCUACCCCGUCCGACGUCACUGGAGCCAAAUGAGCAUGUGCGGCGUAUUCAAAGUGUGCAUAGGAAAGCAUUUCUCAAUGCUUUCCUAUGGACGCCCUGCGCGAUGGAGGCGAAAUAUGCCUCCAGUGUCGCAGAUGCACCUCUAGUGGCUGUCCAGAAGACAGUCACUAGAGGCUGGCUUAACCCCAAAUGUAAACAUAGCAGUUUCUCUGAAACUGCUAUGUUUGCAUCUGAAGGGUUAAAACCUGAAGGACCUGGAACCCAGACCACUUCAUUGAGCUGAAGUGGUCUGGGUGACUAUAGUGUCCCUUUAAAAAGUACCCACAUAUAGAAGUGCAGCAAGUAUAAGCUCAGGGACUGUGUCUCUCUGGUGAGUGAAUUAGAGGCAGCCAAGCAGAGAAAGAGGUUUCCUUUCUUUUUUUUUUUUUAAUGUUGGACUAGACUUAUAUAUAUUGGUAUUUUAUCUUUCAUUAUUGUCAUGUGGUUUUAUGAGCUAUUUUAGGUCUAUUUAUACAAUUUGUUCUGCUUGAUUUUUAUCCUUUUGUUCAAAUAUUUUCCCUGAUUGUGCAGCCUCACUAUAUUACUAUUUUGUCGGCAAAUAUCAAGUAGGUUUAAGGUUAUUUCCUACAGACGACUGCUGCCUCCAUAGGGAGUAGGAUAUAUAUUACACAUAAAAUAUAUAUAUAUUUUUUUCUUUCCCUCUCUGCUUUGCACUCUAACCCCAUUCUUUUACUUGGAUAUAAGUUAUUUUGUUUUAAACUUGCCCAUCUUUAGCUGUAGUUAAAAGCACCACUUACCCAGAGUUCAUUAAAGAGGUACCCUGUAAAUUAUGUCAGGAUAUGUGAAUUCACAUGAGUUAUUGCUUAGGUUAUACUCGUUUUCCUGGCACUAUAGUGCCCUGAGGGUGCCCCCACCCUCAGGGUCCCACUCCCGCCGGGCUGGAUGGCGAGGAAAGGGUUAAAUCUUAUCUUUUUUCCAGCGCCGGGCUGGGAGCUCUCCUCCUCCUCUCCUCCUCUUCGGCUGAAAGCGCAUGCGCGGCAGGAGCUGCGCGCGCAUUUAGCCUGUCUCAUAGGAAAGCAUUCAUAAUGCUUUCCUAUGGACGCUUGCGUCUUCUCACUGUGAUUUUCACAGUGAGAAGCACACAAACCCCUCUAGCGGCUUUCAAUGAGACAGACACUAGAGGCCUAUAGAGGCUGGAUUAACCCUAUUAUAAACAUAGCAGUUUCUCUGAAACUGCUAUGUUUGUAAAAAAAAGGGUUAAUCCUAGAGGGACCUGGCACCCAGACCACUUCAUUAAGCUGAAGUGGUCUGGGUGCCUAGAGUGGUCCUUUAAGAAUACAAAUGGUAUUCAUAAAGCUAUAGUGCCCUUGUCAUUCUUUAGGUGACCGAGCCUUACUGCUUGAUUUAAAAUAGUGAGUUUUAAUUACCUUUUCGCUCUUGCAAUGCAGGUCUCCAGUGUUCCAUUCCACCUCUUUGGCUGAGAUCAUCGAGAUCGAUAAUCUCAGUCAAUCCAUUGCUUUUCCAUAAAAAAACAUUGAGAGGCUAGUGACAUGCGUGGCAAAAUGCAGCCCUGCGCCAAUCAAAUGGUCUCUAUGAGGCUAUCUGACUGAAAUAGUUUUAGUCCACUAUUUCACAGAAGUGCUUCUAGUGCCUGUCAGUAUGAUAGCCACUAGAGGCAGGUUAACUCUGCACUGAAAACAUUGCCGUUCAUGCAGAAAGGCAAGGUUUCCAGCUGCAGGGUCAAAAGAGGGGGAACAUGGCACCUAGACCAUGUCAUUGAUAUGAAGUGGACUGGGUGUCUAUAGAGUUCCUUUAUUGGGACACUGUAGGUACUGUAACUUCUUCCUCUCAUUGAAGUCGUUGUAGUGUCUGAAGUCUCCUGGCACUGUCGCUCGAAUAAACAUUCAACCAUUUUUAAUGUUUUAAUGCUAAACAAAAUUCCCCAGCAACCCAUUUCCUCUGUGCUGCUUGGGUUAAUGAAAUAAGCAUUGCCUGAGUAGCAAUGGAAGGCCGUGAUUGGAUAAGAGUCAGCUGACCAUUUUCAGCCUAUCACAGCACCCAUUGUAUAGUAUGAAUUGGUAUGGUUAGAAUGAAGUACCUCAAGUGGGACUCUGGAGGUACUUGGUAGGUGGCCCGGGACUCUUAUUUAGUGUUAAACCGCUCAGAAAUGGUAUAACAUUAAAUGGAGUGACAGUGCCAGCGGACUGUAGGCAGUAUAACCAAUCAUAAGAGAGUAAAUUAUUACAGUGCCCACCAUGCCCCAUUUAGUGAUGGCUAUUUCCACAGAGCAAGGGUAAGAAAUAAGAAGAACAAAAAAAUAAGGUAUUUAGUUAUAUAUAUGCAUUACAAAAUAAUAUACAUAUAGACUGUAAUGCACGUCAUCCAACAUAUUAAAUUAUAAUAAUUUCCCUAAAGGUUGCUUUCAUCAUUGACCUGUAUAUUAACAGAGGGAACUAAUACCACAGAUAGAUAAAAACAAAGCACAGCAUUGUUUUCAACCUCAAUUAUCUGCAUGGCACAAGAGAGUCGAAGAGUACAUGAUCUCAUUAUGACUCAAAGAACAAAGGAUGAUUUUACUGCUAAUAACCUUAUUAUAACCCUACUAUCAGACAUUUAUUUCAAUAAUGUGAACUCAGCAAAUUGCCUUUACAAUCGUAGAGUUAUAGAGCACCUGUAAACACCACUAACGCGCUUCAUUCAAAGAGCGCAGUGGAGGUAUGACUUAUCUUUGCAGCACUUAGUGGAGGUAUGACUUACCUUUGCAGCACUUAGUGGAGGUAUGACUUACCUUUGCAGCACUUAGUGGAGGUAUGACUUACCUUUGCAGCACUUACGGAUGCAGGCAAUGUCAUGUAAAAUACUUAUUCAGGGCCGUCUUUAAUAUUGAUUGGACUUUACUUGGGCCCCCUGGAUCCCGCUUUCCCACACCCUAGCAUGCAAUCACGCCCUCCACCACAACACACACACACAUACCAAGAAAAAACCCACACACCUCGUAGAGUAGUAAACUUUAAUAAUGUAAACAUAAAGAACUGGUUCACAAAUAAGUCCUUAGCUUGACCUACUUGCCACCAUAGUAUAUUUUUAUUAACAGUUAUAUGUUGUUGGAAGAACAAGCAUAAUAACAAUAUCUUUCAGUAACAGUACAAAUCAACAUUAUUAUGUUUAAAUUAUAAAAUAAAUAACCAUGUUGGCUAGUAAUAUCACAAAAAAAAUAAAAUAAAAUACAACAAUUAACAAUUCAAUUAAAUAAACAAUAAUAAACCUUAUUGUAUAAUCCAAGUGCACAUUUCCCAUUCCAAUAUGGAGAAAGGGAAUCAAGUACCAGUGUUAAAUGGUCAACCUUAUUAUAAUUCCUGUCAGGCACCAACUGUUGCAGUAGCAGACUAUUAUAAAAGAAUACGUAGUUUAACAACCAUUAAGGUAAAGUGCAGAGAACCAUUAACGUAAAGUGCAGAGAACUUUUACAUAAAAUAGUAAAUAAAUAUUUUAGUGCAAUUUAAACAACGAGUCUACGUGCUUUCUGAGCAGCAUAGGUCUUUCUAAUGUUUGAAAAAUCAGAAGAAAAAAAGAGGAAUGGAAGCUAUAGGGAAAGCACUCAUAGUGGGGUUAACCCACACAAAACUACCAAGGUAGUAAUUACAAAGACAGAACAAUUGAGUGCCCUACAAAUAAUUAAAAAUUAACUGUAGAUAGCCUGAUAUAACACAAAGUAAUGAGAAAUAAUACUCUCUAUACAAUUAGUUGCAAUGUAUUAUAGUAUAGAGAUUGCAAUUCUAAAGUGAUAGUCCCUUAUUAAGGGUUAAAAAUAACAUCUAAACAUGUAAGAUAAGGAGUACAUUAGCAAAGGAAUAACAAAUACAGAGGACCUGUUCAAAAGUUUUCAGUGAACCUCUGGUAAAUGAACACUGCAUCAAUACAAUGUUGCAGUAUAUGAUCAACUAUGACACAAAUUAUAGUACUUAGUUCUGUCUAAGAGAAGUCAUGUUGCAAAUGGUAUUGAAUGACUUAACGAAAAAAGAAGUCUAUAAUCACAAAAAAUUAAAAUAAAAACUGUAGAGAAAUCUUAUGAGCGGAUUAUCAGUAAGUGAAAUAUCAGUGACCCCUUAUCAAAAGUAAUAAUAAAGUAAAUGAUAAAUAGAGUGCCACAAAUACGUUCAUAUACUGGGGGGAGAAAACCCCAAUACCUAAAACCGCCCAAUUCUAACAGUCAUAUAUAACGGGAUUCUGAGGGAAGUGUGGACAGUAUGGUAAGUAUCCCACACUGCAAGGUAUUUGUAAAGAAUCGCCGAUAGCCCCUGACGCGUGCGUUUCGCCCACAACUCAUCAGAGGGGAGAAAAAUCAAGACCGCGAAGUAUAUCAGAUUCAGCAGACAUUAUAGAUAGUUUGGUGAGACAGCUCUGGCUCAUGGUUGUGCGUUGUAAGUUUUUUAUCAAUUUCAUUUUUUAAAAAGAUCGUUCACCUGAACUGUUAGAGAUCAUUAAAGUAAGGUAGAUUUUUAAAGCAAUUUCCGUGUUGGGAAAAGUAUCUCUUACAUUCUUGUCAUUAAUUGUACUGUACAUGAAUUGCUCUAUGCUGCAAUCGUCUGGUUUUUCAUCCAGGAAAAUAGAAAUGAAUGACUGAAAUUGAAUUAGUUCAUCACCAAAUGUUGUGCCCAGAUCAUGCUUGUAGAAAGUAGACAACUUUUUUGCUGCAAUGUUAAUGGAUUCAGAGUCCAUCGCUGGAAAGUUUAUAAAGAAACCAAAUAAAUCACACACUUCACUGUAGGCUCCUAGGCGAUGUUCCAGACACAUAAACCCCUUAAGGACACAUGACGGAAAUAUUCCGUCAUGAUUCCCUUUUAUUCCAGAAGUUGUGUCAUUAAGGGGUUAAAAGUUUGUCAACACAUGGGAGAAAGGCCUUAGCAUAAAAGGCCUCCUUUGGCGUUAAUUGAGCUUCUUCACUGUGUCCAUAGUCAAGUGGCUGCUGACGGACAUUCCGACGUUGAAGACGGCGGUGUUCCACAAUGUACUCCUCCGUAUCUGUUAGACGCUUGCCAGCUUCUUCAAAUGCAUCAAAUUUAGUACGCUGUUCAUUAAUAAAAUCUUUUAACAAUUUCAAAACACCAACAGCAGCAUUUAGGUUCAGUUGAACAGACUGCAGAGUUUUGCUGCUGCUGUUGAAACGCUGCAAAACAGUGUUCCAGAAUUCUGCAAAAAUCCCCGUCUCAAGUUUGCUUAUCUGAUCAAAUAGUCCCUUUGCGGUAUUACGGCACUCAGAUUUUUCUUCAAUGUUCGUUGAAAAUUCAAACAAAAUGUCCAUUAUAUUGUCAUAGCCAUGGACUAAUGCUUGACAAGCAUCUGCACGACAUGACCAGCGUGUGUCACUUAGCUUUUUUGGCAUGGACACAGAGAGGCCUUUCUCGUCAAGCUGGUCAAGCUUCUUGUAGCGCCGAGUUGAACCACUAAAGAAUGUAUAAAGAGCUUGUACAAAAUUAAAAAAUCUUACAGCCUAUUUAUUCAUGUUAACAAUUCUUGCUUGCAUACCCUUGUAGUGGCCAGACAUGUUGCUUGCAUUGUCGUAACUUUGUCCCCGGCAUUCUUGUAUGGUAAGUCCAACGCUAUUAAGAAAUGCUAGGAGUGCAUCUGCCAUUUCUUCUCCUUUAUGCCCUGUUGAGGGUAAAAAAGUAACGAAACGCUCCACAGGUCGAUUUUCUUCAUUGACAGCCACUAGAGGCGCUUCCACGCUUCUCACUGUGAAAAUCACAGUGAGAAGAUGCUAAAGAAAUGUAAGAUGGGAAAAAAAACCACCUUUGAGAGGGCGCUAAACUAUACAGGCAAAUAAACAAGUUCAAUAAAAAAUGAACAAUUUUAUUCUGCACAUCAUGCAGUUAAAAAACAAUAAUAAACAUAUAAAAGAUCGCUAAACAGCAGUACAAUUAUGAGACUCUAAAACAACUUGUGUCUGGACACUGCUAUGCUAACAAGCAGAAUAGAUGGAAUACAUAGAUCUAGGUUGCGAUCCUAGGUCUGUAUAACUACUUGCAGCUGUUCAGCAACAUGCAUAGACAAAGAAAAAGAAAGGUCUUAAAUACGGUCUCUGGACUGCUGGUUCGCUGGUCUAAUGAUAUCGGCUCAACGCGUUUCGCCCCGCGUUUUUCGGGACUUCCUCAGGAGCUGUGGAUGCUGUGAUGUUCUUGCUGCCGUUCUUCCUUCUUAUAUACAUUCCAUUUUCAGAUUUUCGCGCCCUGACGCUGCAUUCGCGCAUGCGCACACCAAAAACAAUUUUAUAUGUUUAUUAUUGUUUUUUAACUGCAUGAUGUGCAGAAUAAAAUUGUUCAUUUUUUAUUGAACUUGUUUAUUUGCCUGUAUAGUUUAGCGCCCUCUCAAAGGUGGUUUUUUUUCCCAUCUUACAUUUGUUUAGUGGUUUUUAUAGGUUUUUUCAGAGUGUACCUAUAGAGUGGCAGCUUUUCUACUAUAGACUAGUUCUAUAGUAUCUAGUAUCUGGAUCCAUCACAUUCUUUCCAUAGAAGAUGCUAAAGUCCAUAGGAAAGCAUUGAGAAAUGCUUUCCUAUGGACUGAUUGAAUGUGCGCGUGGCUCUUGCAGCGCAUGUGCAUUCAGCGCUGAUGUCUGAAGAGGGAGGAGAGUUCCCCAGCAUCGAGGGAGCCCGGUGCUGGAGAAAGGUAAGAGUUUAACCGCUUCCUCCCCUUCAGCCCGGCGAGAGUGGGACCCUGAGGGUGGGGGGAACCUAAAGACGCUAUAGUGCCAGGAAAAUGAGUUUGUUUUCCUAGCACUGUAGUGGUCCUUUAAUACAACUUACAGUAAUGUGAAGUGUAUCAGUGUAUCGCACGGCUCCACAGCAAUACAACUCACAGUAAUGUGCGAUGUGCAAGUACAUCACAGAUCACCUCAGAUAAAAAUGCAGAUUUUUUUUAACAUUUUAUUAACUAUCCACAGACUUCAGGUGGAAGGGGUUUUCAAUCACAAUUUAUUUUCCAACCAUAACCUUUUUGGCUUUUGCUUAUAUAUAUAUAUAUAUAUAUAUAUAUAUAUAUAUAUAUAUAUAUAUAUAUAUAUAUAUGUAUAUCGAUCAAUAGAGAGAUAGAGAUUGUAGCCAUAUUAGUCCAGUGAUGUAGAUGUAAAAAACAGAUAAAAUUUGUAUCUUGUAAUACCUUUUUUAUUGUACUAACAGAAUUUUUUAAUGACAAGCUUUCGGAAGAACCUCCCUUUCUCAAGUCUAAAGCAUUUCUGAGCAAGACAACACAUAGAAUUCAAAGUUGAGUUGUGAUACAGGGGUUACAGCGACACGAGUGCAGAUAAGACACAGGUUUGAUAGAAAAUAGACAUCAUUCUUGCAGAGGGUCGUAAAUAUCUUUCUGAAGAUCAGAAUGGGAGGGAGAGGGAGAAAAAAAACAAAAACAAGCAGACAGUGCAGAAGAUGGUAAACUUUAUACAAACACGCAGUGGUGUAUCCUGGUUUUGUGUUGCCCUAGGCAUGACAAAACUCAGACGCCCUCCCGCCCCACCCUUCCCCUGCCAAUCCCCAUUCCCUGCCUUCUAAAUACAUACACACAUUCACUUACAGACACACACUAGCUAACAGACACGCAUACACUCUCACUAACAGACACACACAAACUAACAGACAGACACUCAUACACUCUCACUAACAGACACACACACACUAACAGACACACACACUAACACAGACACUCACUAACAGACACACACACUAACAGGGCCGGUGCAAGGAUUUUUGCCGCUGUAGGCAAAAGUAAAGUUUGCCGCCCCCCCCCCAUGUGACAUCACAGUGCCCCACCCAUAUGAUCUGCCAUGUAAACUAACGCCAGUGCUGCAGUGCCGCCGUGUUUACAUUAAAAGGCCUGCAGGGACAGGCUAUAGACACCAGAACCACUACAUUAAGCUGCAGUGGUUCUGGGGACUAUAGUGUUUCUUUAAUGUGAGGUAAAUUAGAGAUUAGUGUCACGAAUAAUAUACUAGAUUGCCUACUUACAACCAGAUGAGGAUGAUGAUGGGCUCUAGCUGCAGUCUGGUUCCACUGGUCUGGUGUAGAACAGGAUCUCUGGAGGCUGUUUGUAACUGUGGUCACAAAAUCAAUGUUCUGGGAGAACGGGAAGCAGCUCCAUUUUUUGGGGGUCCUUUACACAGCUCAAGGUCUGGGUCCCAGGGUCCACCUUCAUGUUCCACCAAUGAGUUUGUUCACAGGGGGUGAAGUGUGUAGGGGAUGUCCUGAUAUGUGUGUAAGGAAUGCAUUGUGUGAAUCUGUGUUUGUAUGUGUAAGGGCUGCAAGGUGUGUUUCUGUGUAUGUAUGGGAUGCAGUGUGUGCAUCUGUAAGGGAUGCACUGAGUGUGUGUAAUGAAUGCAUUGUGUGUUUCUGUGUGUAAGGGUUGCAUUGCUUGUGUAUGUAUGUCUGUGUGUGUAAUGCAUUGUGUGUGUAAUGCAUUGUGUGUUUUUCUGUGUGCAAGGGGUGCAUUGUGUGUGAUUAUGUGUGUGUGAUGUGAUGGAUUGAUGGAUGUCAGUCUCUCCCCCCACCCCCGUCAACUCCCCCCACCUCCCCACCCCCACCCUUCUCCCCCCUCCUCAAUUUCCUUCUCCCCCCUCCUCAAUUUCAAUUUCCUUCUCCCACCCAAUUUCUUUCUCACACCCACACACACACUAACAGACACACACUCACUCACUAACAGACACACACACAAUAACAGACACACACUCACUCACUAACAGACACACACACUCACUAACAGGCACACACACGCACUCACUGACACACACACGCACUCACUGACACACACACUCACUCACUAACAGACACACUCACUCACUAACAGACACACUCAAAUUUUUUUUUAAAUUCAAACCCCCCAGCCUCCUUACCUUUGGGAAUGCUGGGGGGGGGUCUCCUUUUCCCUGGGGUCCAGUGGGGCUGCCGGCCGGCCGGUGAGUGCAGGUGGCGAGGUAGCACUGAUUCUCCUGUUCAGCUCCCUCGCGCGCCGCAGAGUGAUGCUGGGAGCCGGAAUAUGAGGCCGGCAGGGGAGGUCCCAGGAUCUCCCCUGCCGGUCUAUGCAGGGCCGGCGCUAUCCGAGCGCCGGCCCCGCUGUUUUCCAUAGAGGGCCGGCGGGGAGAUCAAAGCUCUCCCUCACCGGCCCACAUGCUCAGAUCUGGCCGCCGGCGGGGAGGGAGGGAGCCAGCCAGCCAGGAGAGGAGGACCCGGCGGAGCUCUAACUUGCAUCUCCACCGGGUUCCUCUCGCAAGAUCCGGCAUGUUGCCAUGGCAACGUGCCGGAUCUUGCGAGAGUGAACUCUAGCCCAACAGGCUAGAGUUCACUCACCCACGAGGACCACCAGGGAACACUGCCUCCCAGUCCCAGGUGCCAGCGUGCUGGUCCCCCCCUCCCAGGCUAAAAGGUAAGAAGGGAGGGGGGGAUUUAAUGCCUGUUUUUUUUUUUUUGCCCCCCCAACACACACAAUCCAUUCUAACACUUAUACAGCACUCUCACACCUAUCACACACAGCACUCUCACACCCAUCACACACAGCACUCUCACACACCCGGCACUCUCUCACACCCGGCACUCUCUCACACCCGGCACUCUCACACGCACGUACUGCACCCCUCACAUACACACAGAACCCCCCCAACACACUGCACCACACACAUACACAAUACUUCCAAAUAUAUAUAUAUACACAUAUACACACACACUACACUCUUAACAUACACACUCUGGAUCCCCUAUACACACACUAGAUUCCUUGUAAGCAAACACAUACUACACCCCUAAACACACACUACAUCACCUAUAUACACACACACACACACACACACACACACACUAUAGCCUGUAUGCACACACUUGCUAUAUCCCCAAUACACACAUUCUCUACAGCCCAUAGCCACAUAUGCAUCACAUGACACCACUUUACACCACAAACACAACAUGACUAAAACCAACCUUAUUACACAAUACCACACCACAAUCAGCUCACUCUACACACAUGCAAUACCACAAGCAGGCUCCAAACACAUGCACAAUACUCUUUCCUGGCAUUUUUGUCUCCUGGUAUCCAUUUAUAGAGACACCAGAGACAAGUUGCAAGGAAACACAGUGCAAACAUGUUUUUAAAUUUGCUUGCACUGUGCAGAACAAAUACAGAGCUUUUUUCUCAUGCUAGAGCUCUUCAGCAGAGCUCUGCGCAUGGUCUGCCCUGGGAGAGCAUUGAACCAACAUGCUCACUUUGAGAGGGGGCGUGUUUGUCAUUGGUGAUGACAAAACACACCUCCUCUGCCCCGCCCCCUUCUUAGUUGGCCGCUGUGUUAAAAAAAUGCCCGGGCCGAAUUUUUCUCCCAGUCCGACCCUGGAUGUAUAUGCAAACACAUAAACACAUCAACACAUAUACAUAUAAAUACACAUAAACACAUACGUACAUGCACAUGAACUCAUAUACACAAAUAUAAGUGCAUAGUCACAAAUAUCAGCAUGCAUAUAAGCAUGUCUCCCCUCUGAUCUCUAUAACAGUCCCUAGAUAUUGAAUUCUCUCUAUCAGUGUUAAUCUAUAUUGGGAUUCUAUACAAAAGAUGAGAAUAUGUGGAUAUAUUUUAUCUUAAUCAAAUUUAUAUAUUGUAUAAGCUUUAUAUGAAUGUCUUUGUAUAAAAUGGAAAAUUUUAUAUCUAACUAAAUAAAAUAAAUAUUUUUAAAAAAAUAUGUGUUUUUAUUGCAUUCAGCAAAAUCUUCGUCAUGUUUUCUAUACGUCACUCCCUUGAUCCCUGUUAUCCCUGUUAGAAUUAAUAAAUGUAUAGUAAGUGGCAAACACCGGCCCAACAUGUCUAGCUGACACCACAAAGGAAAUAAGGGUAUACAUUCUGCAAAGAGUUAAUGAAUCUGACUUUGCACUAAUUAAUAACAGUCAAGUUACUUACCAGAUCUUAAUUAUGUGGCUUAGGUUUUGUAUUUUCUUGGCUGUCUCAAUGCGCUCUCCUGGCAGCAGGUCUCCAUAUAGAAGCCAAUAAAAAUAAAGAAAAACUCCUUAUUGACUUCAAAGUCACCUUAACUGGGAACAAAUGACCGCUUCCAUGUAGCUAGAUAUUAAACACGUCUUCUCUUUAGAGGAAGAAAAUGUACUGAAAUUUUCAUCUCAUCGGGUGAAUUUGUAACGUUAGCUCACCUUAAUGUGUUGCCCCCAGUUACAACAGUGGGCUUGGUUUAUGGCGCUUGUAUCAGUGGAACAUUUUGUUUGGUAUCCUUGUCAGCAGAAAAGUAAAAAAUAAAUGUUUUUUGUGUUCGGUAACAUAAAAAAAACUAGAACAAUAAGAAAUUGCUGACAUCUCCCAGUUCAUUCACUGUUUCUCCCUAUACCUCUGGUGUAGAGCAAAGCUGACCAUUAUAUCCCUAUUACUUAGUUUCUAUGUAUUUCCUAUUGGUUGUAACUAGUGAUGUCCCGAACGGUUCGCCGAACGGUUUGGAACGGUUCGCCACGAACGGUUCGCCACGGACUCAUCAUUGAGUAAACUUUGACCCUGUACCUCACAGUCAGCAGACACAUUCCAGCCAAUCAGCAGCAGACCCUCCCUCCCAGACCCUCCCACCUCCUGGACAGCUCACUAAGAAUGCAGCUUCACAAUGAAUGUAAAAUGGAUGCUGUCCAGGAGGUGGAGACUCUGAAGGCUCUGCUGGACCAACUGGCAAUCACCACUACAAAGACGAGUCGCCUGCACGUGGCGCGGUCCCUUGGCUGGACUAUCACCAUCACUAGAUUCUUUCUACAGUGUGGAGGCAUCUCUGGUAGCUUUAUGUUUGAUUAAGUAGACAGGCGCUCAUCCAGCCAGCAUUUUGAGCAGGAUCCCAACCCAAAUAAACCUAAAAGCAAUACAUUAAAUAAAGCUCUGCUGCACUGUAUAACUAUAUUUGGAUGUUUAUUAAGUGACCAUGAGGACUUGGCAACAUCUCAACCCUGUUAAUGUCGAAAUAUUGCCAGGUUCUUAUGGUGACUGAAAAAAACAGUGUGACGUGUCCUGUUGGCUGUCCUGAAUGAUGCCCCAAUUCAUACCUCGUGAAAACUGUGCAGAUUGGUGGGGGAUCAUUGUUUUCUGCAAAAUGGUCAUAUAAGAUGUAGCUGUGUGUUAUAUCCUUGUAACUUACAUAUUAUUCAUCUGUUGCUAUUAUUUUUGAACAUUUGCACAACUCCCCAGGUUCUUAAAAGAAAACAAAAUCCUAUACUUGGUUCUUUAAAAUUUUUUUACAAAAUCUAACAAAUAACAAGUUAUACCACAUUGACAUAACGUAGAAUUUCUCAUGUAAUUAGGUUUAGUAGUCCUAACAACAACAUGUAUAAAAUUAUUUUUUAUUGCAUUCAGCAAAAUUUUCUUUGUGUUGUCUAAACGUCACUCCUUUGAUCCCCCUGAGAAUUAAUAAAUGUAUAGUAAAUGGCAAACACCGGCCAUCAUCAACAUGUCUAUGUGACACCUUCUACCUGCUGUGUUUUAGAAUGCACUGUUACCCGCUGGUUUCCGACAGAAGGACCAAACAACUAAAGAGGCAUCUGGGACUUUUGACCGAGAACAUCUUCUGGCUUAUCUCCAGAAAGAAGCUAUGGAGCAUCAGGACAGAGAAGACUGUGUUCCUUUUACUGGAGAGAAGAAAGGUAAUAUUGACCAGUCAUGUGCAUUAAAACAUUACGAUGGGUGAUAUCUUCACCUAUGCUAGUCAACAUAAACAUGUAGCAAAGAUCAGUUAUUGUCAUUGUAUUUUAUAUUUAAAGAAAUACCACAAACUUUUGUCUGUCUUCGUUAACCUAGUGUUGUUAUAUUUGCAUCAAUUGUACACCACACCUUAUGAGAUAAUGAAGUUAAAGACCCCCGAUGGUGACAUCACUGCUAGGGGUCUGAUGGCCAGGAGGACAGGUAAAGGUAAGUUCUACUUACCUGAACCUGCCCUUUGCUGGCAUGGUCAUCUUCCUCUUCUAAUGAUACAUCCUCCCUUCGUCCUGUCUCUUUUGGAGUCCCCCAAGGCUCUGUCCUUGGUCCCCUUCUAUUUCUCUUUAUACCGCCUCUCUAGGCAAACUUUUUACCUCAUUUGGAUUUUAAUGCCACCUGUACGCUGAUGACACUAAGAUAUACCUCUCCUCCACGGACCUCUUCCCUGCCGUCCUGCAACGUGUCACUGCUUGCCUUUCUUCCAUCUUUGAUUGGAUGUCCUCCUGCUUUUUGAAACUCAAUCUCUCUAAAACUACUUCUAAUACUGAUCCUCCUCCUUCACUCUCCCUUCAAGUUAGUGGUACCCACAUCAGUCCAUCCUUUACUUUCCCUCCUACAUUCCCUUUAUUGGUCAAAAUAUAAUCCCUUUGUGGCUGCCCCCCAACCAUCAAACAUCUUUUUUUUUCUUUUAUGCCAUGGAUGGAACUCCAAAUCCCAAAGCAAACAAACUGAUUUGUGCAUUGUAUGUCAUGAUUUGACCACACAGCAGUUUUGCAAGCAAAUGUAUAGUUUGGGAGACAAAAACUUUUUACAAAUAAGUUUUCCUCCUACUUCUCAGUCAAAUAUUUGACAUAUAUUUGACAUAUAUUCUUUGCCAUUUAUUUGACUGACAAGGGAGAGAAGAAAAUACCUACCAGAGGAGGUCAUUCUGCCUUCCCAACCAUAGCAACCUGUUUUUUCUCCCCAGAUGUAAUCAGGCUUCUCAUAGAAUGUUGUAUGAGAAGCAAUGAAUGAAGAUAGUAAAUGGCAAGACUUGAGUCAAACUCCUCUCUGUACGAGGAAACACCAUCUAGUGGUUUUCAUACUAGCGGUCACUGGAGGUGUGUUUAGCCCUGCAAUGCAAACAUCAUCUCUAAAAGGGUCAUGUUUUACAUUGCGGGAGCAAAACUUACUUAUUUUACCCACCAUUGUGACGUUAAAAGAGCUAAGCUGGCUAUCACUGGAAUCCUGACACACUCUUCAUCUUUCCAGCCUUGUGCUUUUUUCUUUCUUUCUGGGAAGCUCCCACCCUGCCUGAGUAGAAUGCUCUCCCCAGCAGUUCCCACCUCCUAUUACCUCCGAUCCAGCAGUACUAGCACGAUAUUUAGCAUACCGCAAUACAAAAAUAAAGUGGCUCGAUCCUCCUUUUCCUACAGAGCAUCGCAAAUUAUGAAAUAACCUCAGGGAUACAGUCAAAUCUUCAUUCGAUCUAAAAUCUUUUAAGAGAUCUAUGGCAACGUACCUCAAUACAGAAUGCACCUGUCAUGGCUAACUAUAUUUAUUACCUAUUAUGUGUUACAUUUAUACAUGUGUGUGUGUGUAUAUAAAUAUUGUUUGUAUAUUGUCUUUUUGUUAUAUUGUAUUCUAUUGAAACAAUGCAAUGUUUUGUGGACCCAGGACAUACUCGAAAACAAGAGAAAUCUCAAUGUAUCCAUCCUGGUAAACUAUUCUAUAAAGAAAUAAAACGCCAGGUGCAUUAGCACACACAGACCACUUCAUUGCGAUGAGGUUGUCUGGAUGCUUAUAGUGCCCCUUUAACACCUGGGUCGUGACCCAUAUACAGUCCCCAUGAUGCUAUUUCAGAAGGUCCUCAGUGGAAAUGGCACAUCAAUAUCAUCACCGCCAAUAUAACCGCCCAUAGUAAGUUAUUUACUAUAGCGAGAUUGCUUUCUCCAAUGCCAGACCCAUGUGACACUGUGGUGGGUUAUAUUUAGGUGUUCUGUAAAAUGCAUUUUAAUGGUAAAUUACAAUUGAAGAAUGGGCUGCCAAGCUAAUGGCAUAUUUGUAAUUUGUGUCCCUGUCAAAAAAAAGAGUUAAACUAGUCCUACGUACAAAAUAAAUAAAUAUGUUUUUCAUCUGUGUAGGGGGCAUGCGUUGCUAUGUAUGCUCUGUGGGCCCUGGGUUUAUUUAUGACGUUUAUUGGUGAGGCUUGCUGGUUUGUACUGAUCUUUAGUGCAUUGAAAAGGACAUGUGUUUUUUAUUAUGACGUAAGAAAUUACUAAAUGUUUCCCAUCUGAUAAAUUAGCAGGAGAAAAGGCUGUUCUGGUCACCAUCCAAAUACUCUAAUGCUUAUAUCCAUUGCUAUAAUGUACUUUUUGUAUUGAAUUAUCAUGUAAAUUUUGCCAGAAUUAAUUUUUAUAGGAACAUUUGUAGCUCUUAAAGAACUGCAUGUUAAUUUAUAGUUAAAAAAGGAAUAGUAUACGCUAACACACAGGUUAUAGCAGUGGUUAUGAUGCAGGAAGAUUUCAGGCACAGACAGUCCCUCUGAUUUCCAUAAAACACUGUUUUCAAGUCAUUCAUUAUUUGCAUUAUUCUUAAAAAAAUGAACAGCAGUUGUAAAAUCUUUGUGCCAGGCAUAAUCUAUUGUAUACAUUUGCUAAAACAAUGCUAUAACAAGCAUUGUUAUAAUGCAGAGCUUAUAGAGGUACAACCUCCCCCCUUCAUCCCCCCCUAUACAUCCAUAUACAUCCAAUCAAUACAGCUGAUUGACACAUACUGUUAAAAUUACAUUUUGGUUUGAACACUACCUUCUAUCGCAUAUGUUGCAGUGGUAAUUCUGCCCCUCUCAGCCUGCAAUUUACAUUAAUGCUGUAAAACACUGCAGCACAUGAAGCUGUGAUUUCUAGGAGUUGCAGUUCAUCUGUUUGCUUUGUACGGUAUAACAUGGAAAAUUGAAGUCCCUGAAACCCUUGAUAUACUCGUAAAGCUCUGCUUAUUUAAAAAGUUCAACAGAGCUAAAGAAUUUUAAGUGAGCAUCAGUCAAUUCCUUCUUUAGAGAGCUUUCCUUGCAGUAGCUGUACGGCAUUGAGAUUUACAGCAAAUGCUGGAACUUCUAACUUGUGCGUAAUUUAAUGUGUUACAAGAAGAAAGGAUACGGAUCAGCCUGGAGUGUCCCUUUAAGACAGCAGCUUGAUAGACACUGCUUUACUGGUUGUUAAAUAGGGGUAGCCAACAAGUGUCAGGCUAGCAGCAGCUGUCUAGUUAUCUACAAGGUAAGAGUAACAGAUAUGUCAUUGCAGUCAAUGGUGUAGACUAGAGGAUAAUAUUCAUUAUAGCUUGCAAUAUGAAGGUAAGGCUGCUAACUGAUACGAAUGUAAAUGCUUCCAAGCAUAAUGUGGCCCAUCCACAAACUGUAGAUUGUACAGUAGAUAGGGAGUCACAGGUGGCUUUGGGGCUUAGGGUGCUAUGGGAGAGGUACCAGAUGGCAUGCCAGGGCUGGAGAUAGAAUUGUUUCACUGUAUAUAGGUGGAGGGGGCUUGUAUUCUAUCUGUUGUAUUGGGUGGCAGUAAAGGAGGUUAAUGAAAUAGGACAGGAAUUCCAAAACGUCAAUCUGCUGGUGUUGCAAAACUACAAACCAAAAAAGCAUUAUGGGAGUUGUAGUUUUAUUUUUUAUUUUUUAUUUUUUUUAACUAUAGCUCUACUAAAGUGCUCUAAUUUAGGUGUAGCAGAAUAUGUUCUGAUAUGAAUCUGGAAAAUAUUACAAGCACGCAGACACACUGAUUAAGUCAACUACUUUCCAAGUAUAUAUGUAUAUAAAUAACUUGCUGAUGGUGUGUAAUUGAUCAUACAAUCAAUUAAAUACAAUUCCUGUAUUAGUGAUUGAAAUAAUAUAUCCCAGCUUUUACUCUCGUGGAGGCAAAAUGUAGGACACAGCAUCAGCAAUAUAGAUAAAGGCAAAAUACAUCCAUAGGGAAAAAAAUAAUGGUCUAAUGUACCUUUCAUCAGUAGUGAAUGAGGAGGUUGUAGUAAUAACUGGAAAACUUGUAUAAAAGAUUCAAAAGCACUUUUUAUGCCACUACGGUAAAGGCAUAUUACAUUAACUUAGUUACCUGUGUGUUGAAUGCUAGACAUGCGCAGCUGAAAUCUCUCAUGCUUGCCUUCAUACGAUGAUGCUGGGGAUGUGAUUGAUUCCCUAAACAUAGCAUUAGGUGUUGCAGUGAUGUCAUACCCUAACGCCAGAUACACUGUAUGUAAUAAGUUCACAUUGCCUGUCACUUUAGAACUGUGCAGUUAUAAGAUUUGUAAUUGUGGAAGUGGUUAUUAAGAGAAGAAAUGAAUGUGUGGCACUGGCUUACAUUGGAGGGAAUGUGUUGCAGGGAACCAAAAGUGGCAAAAUGGUCCUGUGUGUUACAGGUAAUAGGAGGAGGGGUGAUGGAAAAGGAUUGUGCAGCAUGUGCAUUGCAAACAUAGAUAAAGUGUGUUGUAAGUAUUUUGUGGGAUAUCGUUUUCUGAGUAGAUGGACAGAGAAUUGUAUUUUCAUCUUAAUGUGGCUUUAUAAGACACAAAAGGAAUGUCAAGAUUAAAUAGGAGCCGAGGAAUUCUAUCACACUAUAUAUUGUGAUACCCAUACCAUGGUUACUGUAUGUCAUGCACCAACCUCUUCCCAUCACACAGUCUCCUGAACUCUAGUAAACUAACGUGAAUGACAGACAUCAUUAACAUGGUGUGCGGUGGUGCCUGUAAGACUGGGACAAAUGGACACAGACUUGUUAAAUUUCCCUUAAUAAUAUUGUAAAGCACUUAGGAAUAAGUUGGCACUGUACAAAUGCCAAAAAUAAUAAUAAUAUAUGCCUGUGAUGGAAUGCCACUGCCUGCUCAUGGUGAUGUCAUGUAUUAUGCUGGGUGCAUUUUUUUUAUUUUUUUUUAAUAAUUCUUUAUUUUUUCAUGCACGAAAAAUACAGAGAGGCAAGCUAUGCCACAACAGUUAUUGCCAGCUCAUCGGUCAACAUUUAAAAACAAUUGUUUGGCAGCUGGGUGCAUUUUUAAUCUGGUGUGGCUUUGAAAAUGGAACAAGAUAACCUCUCAAUGUAUAAGAAAAGCAUUAGAAUGACAAUUACCCAUUGCGUGCAUUUGUGACUUACAAUUUGCCCACCUGCAGACUUACCAAAACUUUAGAUGUAUUCUACCUGCUUUCUAGCUUUAGUGAUGGCAAACAGGGCCGGACUGGGAAAAAAAUUAGGCCCGGGCAUUUUUCAAUCAGAGCGGCCCCCUAAGAAGGGGGCGGGGCCAGAGAGUGUGUGUUUUGUCAUCACUAAUGACAACACGCCCCCUCUCAAAGUGAGAAUGUUGGUUCAAUGCCCAGAGCCCUGCUGAAGAGCUCUGGCAUUAGAAAAAGGCCCUGAAUUUGUUCUUCGCAGCGCAAGCAAAUGAAAUAACAUGCUUGUGCUGUGUUUGCUUUUAAAUUGUCUCUGGUGUCUCCACAAGUGGGAUACCAGAGGACAAAUGGAAAGUGCAUGGUGCAUGUGUUUGGAGCCUGCUUGUGGGAUUGCGUGUGUGUAGAGUGUGGUGUGGUAUUGUAUAAAUAGGUCAAUUUAAUUUGUGUUUGUGGUGUAAUAUGUGUGGCUAGGGGCUGUAGAGAGUGUGUGUAUAGGGGGCAUAGUUUUAUAGGGGAUGCAGCGAGUGUGUGCAUACGGGCUGAAGUGUGUGUGUAUAGGUGACGUAGUGUGUGUAGGGGUUGCAGAGAGGGUGUGUUUAGAGAAUGUUGUAUGUGUUUGCUGACAAGGAAUGUAGUGUGUGUGUGUAGGAGAUCUACUGUGUAAAGGACCCAGUGUGUGUGUGUGUGUGUAGAGGAUAAAGAGUGCAUAUAGAGUAAGGGAUCUAGUGUGUAUCUGGAGCGUAAUGUGUGUAGUGGUGCAGUGUGAGGGGUGCUGUAGUGUGUGUGUGUGUGUGUAUGUAUAUAUAUAUAUAUAUAUAUAUAUUUGGACUUAUUGUAUGUGUGAGGGGCGCAGUGUGUGUAUGUAAGAGGGGUGCUGUGUGUGAGGGUGUUUUUAUCUGCUGUCACAUUCUAGGUUUCUAAUUUUCUUUGUCUGUUAACUCACUGAGGGUUAUUUUAUAUAUAUAUAUAUAUAUAUAUAUAUGUGUGUGCUGUAUAUGUGUGGGAGUGUGCUGUGUGUGUCUGUGUGCUGUGUGUGUCUGGGUGCGCUGUGUGUGUCUGGGUGCGCUGUGUGUGUCUGGGUGCGCUGUGUGUGUCUGGGUGCGCUGUGUGUGUCUGGGGGCUGCUGUGUGUGUCUGGGGGUGCUGUGUGUGUCUGGGGGCUGUGUGUGCUGUGUGUCUGGGGCUGUGUCUGGGGGCUGUGUGUGUCUGGGGUGCUGUGUGUGUCUGGGGGGUGCUGUGUCUGGGGUGCUGUGUGUGUCUGGGGCUGUGUCGGGGGUGCUGUGUGUGUCUGGGAGUGCUGUGUGUGUCUGGGGGUGCUGUGUCUGGGGCUGUGUCUGGGGGUGCUGUGUGUGUCUGGGGUGCUGUGUGUGUCUGGGGGCUGUGCUGUGCUGUGUGUCUGGGGGGUGCUGUGUUUGUCUGGGUGCGCUGUGUGUGUCUGGGUGCGCUGUGUGUGUCUGGGUGCGCUGUGUGUGUCUGGGUGCGCUGUGUGUGUCUGGGGGGUGCUGUGUGUGUCUGGGGGGUGCUGUGUGUGUCUGGGGGGGUGCUGUGUUUGUGAGUGAAUGUAUUUUUUUAUUUAAAUAUUUUUUUUUACUAAUUAAAAAAAAUAUAUAUAUAUAUAUUUCCCCCCCCUCCCUUCUUCUCUACCUUUAUCCUGGGAGGGGGGGAGGAGAUCCGUUCUGUCAUCCUUCCCUGGUGGCCCAGUGGAGAGAGUGAACUCUAACCUGCAGGUUAGAGUUCACUCUCGCGAGAUCUGAGCGUUGCCGUGGUAACCGUGGCAACGCUCAGAAUCCCGCGAGAGGACCCGGCGGAGCUGCUUGUUAGAGCUCCGCCGGGUCCUCUCUCCUGCCUCCCUCCCUCACCCAGCCGGCGGCCGCAUUUCCCUGCCUCUGGGCCGGUGAGGGAGAUCUUUGAUCUCCCCACCGGCCCAUGGAGGCGCACAGCAGGGCCGGCGCUCGGAUAGCGCUGGCCCUGCACGGGCUGGCAGGGGAGAUUCUGUGAUCUCCCUGCCGGCCUCGGCCCCACAGCCAUCGCGGCCCACCGGGCAUUUGCCCGGUAUGCCCGAUGGCCAGUCCGGGCCUGAUGGCAAAUGCUGGACAGCUGAUGGUAUUUGCCAAACUUUCAGAGUGUAGGAUGUUUUGUGUCUUAGUGUCUCAUCUUGCAUACACUAUAUAGAUUGCAAAAUUGCCAUAUAUACAAUUCCUCAAAUAUCAUACAUGGUAAAGCCCUAACCACAUCUAGACAAUCCCUUUGUUUUUCUGCUUUUUAGACUUAAAACAAUAACUUGAUGCAUUGGUUCUGGUGCACAUAAACUGUCCCUGGAGUCUGAUAAUAGUAAACACUGACUUUUCUGAGAAAAGGUAGUACUAAUAUUUGUCUUUAAAGGGUCAAGUUGGACCCCUAAAUCAUUCAGCUUGCCAAAAUGCUUUAUGUGUGAAUAGUGUGUUUUAUUUUUUCACUUUACAAAAAGUAAAUUGGCACUUUUAUAAAUUAACUUUGUUACAUCCCCCCUUCCCGACUGUCAACGAGUCAACAGGUCUGGUUACUUCCUGGUUGUUUAGCUCAGUGGAGCUAAACUCAAGAGGCAGAGAAUUUCUCAGAACACCUGCCUUGACAAGAUUUCUCAUUUAGCUGCAUUGGGAAGUCUGUGAUUGGACAAUGAGCGGGGUUACUAGGGGAGGGCUUGCACAAGUUUCAGACAAAAAAAAUCUGCAGCUUUUGCAAACAAAUUUUAGAUAUAUGUUCAAUAAAAAAAAAUUCAAAAUAAAAUGCAUACAUGUUUUCAUCAUGGGGUAUAUAUACUAAACAGUGAAUUAAUACAUUUUUGGAUAUGAGUAGUGAAGUGUCCCUUUAACGAGACUGCUAGUGACUAUAAUUCAGACAGUCUGUAGAGGUGCUUCUUGUUGCAGUCCUUCAGACAUGGCAGAUGCUGAACACUCCCUACAGAGAUGCUGAUUGCUGCAGUGUGUCACUUGCUUUAUAUGUGCAGCAGUCCCCCUAAUGCUUCCCUAUGUGGAAGCAUUGGAGUGACUGAGAUCAUCAUCGCUAAUCACCUCAGAUGGGGAGGAGUAGCAUAACCAACUCUACAUGGGCUUGAAGGUAAGUGUUACGACCUGCAGUGGUUAUGGUGCUGCGGUCUUCUGUUCCCUUUCCCAACAGCUGAGCAUGAGUGAUUAUAGCUGCAGUAGGGAGUAGAGGAAUAAGGUAGAUGAAAUGCAGUUCCAAGGUGAUUCUUCCCAGCAAGUAGAAUAUCCCCUAAACAUGAACCUAGACUUCAUGAAGGGUGUAACAGGAAUUAAUUUUAUUAACACACGCGGGCUUUUAUGAGAAAUCCUCCUGCAAGAGGACCUCCCACAGCAAACAAAGACAACAGCCAAUCAACGUACAGAUUUACAGUAAUACACGCCUCCUCUCUGCCUGGGAGAUAUUGAGAUAAGUUAAGGAAUAAACCAAUUCUCUCCAGGCAGAGAGCACACAAUCUCCCCAAAACUUAGAACACCCCUUUCCCCACAAGGUAUCCCCACAAAUUACAUAUCUCCUGAUAGCCCCGAUCUGAGGGACAAACAUAUCCAAAUUUCACCCAGAUUGUUUCAGGGGUUCUAAAAAAGUGUGGAGGGUCCCUUUUACCGACCACACACGCGGCUCCUGCCAAAACAGUUCCAUGAAUUCAGCGUGUGCGGUCGGUCAAUUCACAAAUCUGUAAAAAACUAACAAAAGUCCUGAAUGGAUCCCCCUGGCUCAUAGCAGCGAUUGCUCCCCUUGUCCGUUCACAUAGAACUACCGAACGGCGCUUCCCUGGCUGUUCGGGAAAUACAAGAAGCUGGCGUUCGGUAGUUUCAGCAGUGGUUCGCGAGGUCGAGUGUCCGAUUUUAGUUCCAGACACUCGACGACCAAGUCCCGCUGACUCCCCUCGUGUGAACAAGAUGGCUGCCGUUUUCUAUUCCACGUGGCAUUCGGCUAUACGAACAGCGGCCACCCAGGAAGCACUUCAUAGCUGGUUCCUUUGUAGUUAGCAAGCCAGGAGGGUGGUCCGCGUUCGGUAGUUUCAAACUAACGAACGGAUACAUUCACUAUACAGGUAGUACACAGGAAAAAUACAGAAUAAAGAAGAAAAUGUAAAUUAAAAGUCAAUUUUCUUAACAGUAAGUACAUCUUUAUUACUACUAAAGGGGCCCUAAAUGUAGAUAGGCAGUGAAUCAUUCUAAUGUUAGAAACCCAUGUUUGUAUUGCUAUAUUAGAGUGCUCCUUUAACAAUCAGCUGUACAACUUCAGUAAUAAUAAUUGACACCAAUAUUUGAGAAUAAAGAUAAAUAAAAAGUGACAUUGAAACAAUUUAGCAGGCUUUGCAAACAGAAAUGGCUAGAAAACAUAAACAGACCUUCUUUACAGUUCCAAACGGAAUUUAAAGCGAUUACUCCAGAACAGAACAUUUCACUUUUAUAUUUAUAUGUUUGCUGGUGUAGUGUAAAUAAAUUAGUUGCAAUAGCUAACAGAGAUCAACGUUCUGUACAAUGAAGAAAAAUAGCUAAUCCUGAAUAUUUUGACUCUUAUCUCAUAACGGAUGUUUGUCUAAAAAUAAACAUAUGAAAACGCGUUCCACAUGGUCUCAGUAUUGUCAGGAAAGCGGUUUGUGUGAAUGAAUUGUUUGGUUUUAGGCUAAAUGUGAAAAGUGGAACCAGAAACACAUGCCAAUAAUUGUUGUGUGCAUAUAGAGGGAAACUAUGAUUAAAGUAAAAUGGUAUAUGCAUUAUGUAUUUGCUAUUAGAAACAUCCAUCUAAUAAUCACAGGGGAUCACAUGUAACUGUUUUGUGAAAGUGAUCAUGAGAAUCAGAUUUCAUGGUUGCUUCUUCUGUGAUCUUGACAAUACUAUUUCUAUAUUUCUGAGUUUGCAAUCCCUAUAUGCUAUUGGCUCUUUGGUCCUAAAAUUUAGAAUAAAAGUAUGGCGUUAUGAAUACAAACCUGUCCUAGUUGCUGAUAAGGAUUAGCGCUCCCCCUGCCUUCCGUAAAAACCUGAAAAAAACGUAUUUGCCUUUUAUCCGCUGCCAAAACUCCUUCGGCGCAGCCACACAUCCCUCCUACCAUGAUGUCCUCUCUUUCUUGCUGCGACAGUCCGUCUAAUGCUUUUCAUAGUGCAGCAUUGGACACUGAUGUGCAUGUGAGUUGAGUACCGUGCAUGUAUCCAAAUGCUUUAAUUCAUUACUUUCCUAUGAGCUUCAACCUCACGUGUCCGAGUUUUACUUGAUCAGUGCAGUGGAAGCGCCUGUAGGGGCUGACAGGAAGAUAUGAAGUGGUCUAGGUGAUUUAAGUGGUCCUUUAAAAUGCCUUAGUCAGUUCCCAACAACAACACAGUUCAGUGACUAAAAUCUCACACAAUUAUAUAGUUACACUUCAAUCUCAGUAAGGUCGAGAUAUCCAAGAUGGAGCUGCUACUGCAACCAAGAGGAAGGAUAAAAAGAGACCUUUCUCCUCUACUGAGGAUAUCCCAUUACUUGUAAUUCUAAUGGAUGUCAUGGUGAAUUAUGGAAAAUAAUUCACAGGUAUGGCAUCUUUCUAUUAAAUUAUUGGAUUGCAAAUAUCAGAUUUUUUACGUAACACAGCUUUAAUUAUAUAUAUCUGAGCUGUUUCAGAAAAUAUUACAUUUAUUUUCUGCUUCUCCUUUCUUACUUCUAUAGACUUAAAACUAGAUAAUCCCUUCUUAACAUACCUUUGAUCCUACAAAUACAUUGUACAUGUAUAUUCCAUAGGACUGAUACAGAUUGACAAAAUCGGGCACUGAUAUCCUACCCAUACUAUUGGCUUUUAAGGCUUGCUUUAACCCCUUAAGGACCAAACUUCUGGAAUAAAAGGAAAUCCAUGACAUGUCACACGUGUCAUGUGUCCUUAAGGGGAUAAAAGCCAGUUGUAUGGGUAGGAUAUCAUUGCCCGAUUUUUCUGAAAAUUCAGGUGGGAGUGGUUUCUGAAUGCUGAUGUGAGCACUAAAAUUACUCUAUUGACACCAAAAACCAUAUUAAAGCGGCACUGUCAUGCCGAACUUACCUUUCCUCAAUCGCUUCCCUUUCUCUCUCUCUCUCAGGAUCUGUUCUUCAUUUCUUCCUGUCUGCUCUAGUUUUCUUUAAAACAUAAGACAAAGUAGGGACUACACAAAUAAUUUAAAGGGGUACAGUAGAAUAGCAAAUAGUAUAAAAAUAUAAUAGGAUGAUUGGUUGUGAAGGAAGAGGCACAAUCAUCUGAAAGAUCCCUAAAUGUCCUGUUACCAAAAACAAGUAACAUUUAAUUCAGAAUAGGAUGUCCAAUUAUGGAAAUAAUGAACCAAAAUUACAGAAAUAAUGAAGAAUAUUAUUAUAAUAUUCUACAAAUAAGGCAACUAAAAAAGGUGUUAUCACAUCAAAUCAGGAAAGCCUAACACACCUUAAUAGGCACAAACCGAUGGAGAAAAAGGAGAAGACAUGUCAUGGAAACCAUCAUAUUUUGAGAUUAAAGUACGUCUGUCACCUUCUUUGGUCUUUGAAUAUUUUUGGGCGAGUAAUGUUAGAAUCUUUAGAAGGAUUGUUGGGGGCUGGAUUUUAAAAGUUGCAAGCUUCAUUGUAGGGUGGAACGUUCUGGAUAUCUAGAUAUAAAGUUAUUAAUGGUUAUUCUGUAGGUGUGUGAGAUGAUCCAAAGCAGGUCCUGUGCACUUUCCUUGCUCUGGUAGUCAUCAGAGCACACAUAGAGUGCUUAACACCCAGCACUCCUAAGAAACCAAGUCCUACAGAAUCUUCUGAGCAGAGACUGGGCCCCUUAAAACAGCAUUAACACCCAGCACUCCCAAGCAACCAAGUCCUGCAGAAUCUACUGAGCAGAGACUGGCCCCCUUAAAACAGCAUUAACACCCAGCACUCCCAAGCAACCAAGUCCUGCAGAAUCUACUAAGCAGAGGUAUCAUCUCUGGAAGAUCUACUAAAGAAUUCCUGCAUUACUGUUUCCUUUAGACUCUUAAUUUAACAUUGUGUUCUAUUCCAUCUCCCUCCCUAUACUAUCACUACUUAAUUGAUAACUAUAUCUCCCAUCCUGAUCUUCUGUUUUUGUUUUUCUGAAAGUUAUGAUCAUGUAAUUUUAUGUUCAUUCUCUAAGACUCUUUGUUAAUUGUUUGUUUAGCUAGUGUUACUAUUCUCACUGAUAAUCUUAUAAAUUUAUGUUCAUGGUGUAUGACUUUCACCUAUCUGAUCCUUCAUAUCUUUUUAUCCCAAAUGUUCUUUCCUUUGGUUUUUCAUCUCUAAUUAAUUGCCUCAAUAGCCCCAUGUCUCCCCACCCAUAAUAGUGUGUUUUAUUUUUUUUUUUUCUUUCUGACCUCAGACCUUAUAUUUCAGACUGGGCCCCUUAAAACAGCAUUAACACUCAGCACUCCAAAGCAACCAAGUCCUGCAGAAUCUUCUGAGCAGAGGUAUCAUCUCUGGAAGAUUUCCCACCCCAUGGUCAUUACCUUACUUUUAGAUAGUGCAAAUCAGCUGGUUUCCAAAACACACCAAUCAAGUCACUAAACCUCUGCUCACCUGAAAUCCUCUAUUAACAUACUGCAUCCUUACAAUGGUUUAAACACUCAUUGAUAUUUGUGUGUGUGUGUGUGUGUAUAUGAUUUAUAAAUGUGCGUGUAUAUAUUUAUAUAUAUAUAUAUUCUAUAUAAUACACUUUCUCUAAUGUUCUCCCCUCUAUUUUUCACUUUAACACUAACUUCUCUCAUUAGUAAAAUAUCCCUAUCCUUUUGCUCACCUGUCCCUGGCAACACCAUCUUCAUUACUUCCACCUUACUCCCCUCCCCUCUCUAUUCAUCCCAUGCGCUCUACACAUACCUUUCCAGCCUAUCUCCACCAACUCCUCCCAAAUCCUCUACAUACAUACCCUCCUACAAAACUUUCAAAUCCUACUCCCACCUUUAUUUCCUUUCUAUCCUUCUGCUCUUGCAGCUGGUGAUGUCUCUCCAAACCCCGGUCCCAUCUCAGCAAACUCACCACAUACUAACCCAAGGAUCCACACUAAUCUCAUACCCAUCUCAUGUUCCUCUAAAUCCUCCUUCAAUACUACCUUCUGGAAUGCACACUCUGUUUGCAAUAUUACUAAAUCCACUGCUGUCCAUGACUUCUUCAUCUCUCGUUCAAUAGAUUUACUAGCCUUAACAGAAACCUGUCUCUCCCCCUCUGACACUGCUACCCCUGCAUCUUUGUCCUUCGGUGGUCUUCAACUUACCCACAACCCAAGAAACUCUAAAUGUAAAGGUGGUGUAGGUUUUCUCUCUCCCCUCACUGCUCCUUUAAACCUCUACCCCCCCCCUUCCCUCUUUUUCCCAUCAUUUGAAAUACAUUCAAUUUGCUUUUUCAAACCCUUCUCUACUAACAUUGCUGUUGUUUAUCGUUCCCCUGGCUCCUCUCUUCUCUUCCCUGACCACUUUGCUGCCUGGCUACCCUAUUUUCUCUCUUCUAUUCUAUCCCUAAUUCUAGGGGACUUCAAUAUUCCUAUUAACCCACCUUUGACCUCUGCAGCCUCUAAACUACUCUCAAUUACUUCCUCCCUCGGACUAUCACAGUGGGCUAAUUCUCCCACCCAUGUAACUGGCAAUACCCUUGACCUAAUCUUCUCUUAUGCAUGUACAGUAUCUAAUAUCUGCAACACUCCAUUUCCUCUCUCUGAUCACCACCUCUUAUCGUUUGCUCUCGUGUACCCCCUCACCCAACAACCUCAGCCUAACCCCCCUCAACUCAGGAGUUGUCAGCUGAUAUUGAUUCACAACUGCUGUCCAUCCCUUCCCUCUCCUGUUCUUCACUGGCCAUCUCCGCAUAACACUACCCUCACCUCUGCCUUGAACGCUGCAGCACUGCUCCAAACCAGCACCUCGAGGAGGACCCGCCCCCAACCGUGGCAUACUAAAUCAACACGCUACCUGCAAAGAUGCUCCCGUUCUGCUGAACGCUCCUGGAGGAAGUCUCGCACCCAGUCAGACUUUCUCAAUUAUAGAUUCAUAUUGUGUUCAUACAGCGCAGCCCUUGCCCUUGCCAAACAGUCCUACUUUUCCUCUCUCAUUAGUUCAUGCUCCCACAAUCCCAGGCAUCUCUUUGACACCUUUAAUUCUCUUCUUCGCCCUGCUGUGGCCACCCCCCAAACUAACCUUACUGCUGACAACUUUGCAUGUUACUUUACUGACGAGAUAGAACAGCUAAGGAAAGAAUUCUCCCCUCCUUGCCAUUCUGUUUCUCAACCACACAUAGAUCAUGCCUUUCCAACCCUUCAGCCAUUCUCCCUGGUUACUGACCAAGAGGUGGCUGCUCUUCUCUUUUCCUCUCGCCCCACCACUUGCCCGCUCGAUCCUGUCCCAUCUCACCUUAUUAGAUCUCUCUCCACUUGUCUCGUGCUUCCUUAACGCACAUCUUCAACUGCUCUCUCUCUUCUGGCAUUGUCCCUGCUGACCUUAAACAUGCCACUGUAGUACCUAUACUAAAAAAAACAUCCCUCGACCCGUCCACCCCCUCUAACUAUCGUCCCAUAUCCCUGCUCCCUUUUUCCUCAAAGCUCCUGGAAAGACUUGUCUUUACCCGCAUGUCUCAUUUCCUCAAUUCCAACUCUCUCCUUGACCCUCUUCAGUCUGGUUUCCGCCCUCUCCACUCUACUGAGACCGCGCUUAUCAAAGUUACUAACGACCUAAUCACAGCUAAAUCCAAAGGCCACUACUCCAUACUAAUUCUUCUUGACCUCUCUGCGGCCUUUGACACUGUUGAUCAUGCUCUCCUUCUUCAACUCUUCAAUCACUUGGUCUCUGUGACUCUGUCCUCUCGUGGUUUUCCUCUUAUCUCUCCCAACACUCAUUCAGUGUCUCCUUUUCUAAUGAUACCUCCUCCCCUCGUCCUGUCUCGGUUGGAGUCCUCCAAGGCUCUGUCCCUGGUCCCCUUCUAUUUUCUCUCUAUACUGCCUCUCUUGGCAAACUUAUUACUUCUUUUGGAUUCCGCUACAGUUACAAAAAACUUACGGGAACAAUAGGUUGAAGAGGACCCUGCUCAAUCGAGCUUACAUUCUAUAGGAGGUGGGGUGUAAAACACAUUAGGUGGGCCACAGUCCAUAAUGAACGCUGCUGCCAGACUGAUUUUCCUCUCUAGUCGGUUCUCUCGCACCUCACCCCUCUGCCAAACCUUACAUUGGCUUCCUGUAUGCUAUAGGAGUCAAUUCAAGGUAUUAAUUCACACCUGUAAAGCACUGAACAACUCUAGCCCCUCUUAUAUCUUCUCACAGAUCCAUAGGUAUGUCCCUUCUCGGUUUCUCCGCUCAGCCCGUGACCACCUCCUGUCCGUUGUCUGCACCCGUACGGCCAGCUCACGCUUGCAGGACUUCUCGCAGGAGGCUCCCCUCCUGUGGAAUAGCCUGCCUACCGCCAUCAGACUCUCCCGUAGUCUUGCAUAUUUUAAGAAGUGCCUUAAAACCCAUCUCUUUAGGAAAGCUUAUGGCCUCCAAGACUAACCUCUACCUCACAUACCUGUCUCUUGCUCUCUCCUAAAGGGCAGCCCUCCUUAUUUGACUGCAAAUUCCUGUCCUAAUGUGUUAUACACCCCACCUCCUAUAGACUGUAAGCUCGAUUGAGCAGGGUCCUCUUCAACCUAUCGUUCCUGUAAGUUUUUUGUUAUUGUCCUAUUUAUAGUUAAAUCCCCCUCUCACAAUAUUGUAAAGCGCUACAGAAUCUGUUGGCGCUAUAUAAAUGGCAAUAAUAAAUUAAAAAAAGAAUAGUUGAUGUUCUUGGGAAUAAACUACUUAUCCUGUAAUAUGAGAGAUGAGUUUUUUUCUGAUGUGAGAGGGAUCUGUCUGCAGUGCUGGGUAGACUCACCAAACAGUGUACAGAGACAAGGUUUAAAGCGGAAUCCAGUUGUUUUUUAUUUGUUCAUUUUUUUGCUUUAUUUUGAAUGCAAUAUUUUUGUAAUGCCUUAAAACAUUAAGUUAAUUUUUACCCCGUAGUUUCCCUUUCCUAGCCAUGUUCAUUAAAUAUGGAAUGUGAUGAACUGAUCAGGUAAUAGCAAAUGUUACGCAAAAUAGUUGAAAGUACAUGAGUUUGAGACUGUAACUAUUCCCCCCCUGAAAUUUGCAAUGCAAUGCUAAAUUCCUGACAAUUCCCAGUUCAGUGAAUAACCCUGAUAGAAUGAUUCAUUCACAGCAUUAUGUCACUGUUUCCAAAUAAAGGAGCGGAGAUCUAGGUUACCAUGUGGAGAGCAGUGUUUUAAUUGCACACAAAUAAACAGUUUAAUCAAGCUGGCGCUAUAGGAAAUAAACUGUUACACUGUUGCAUAACUGUGCUAAAUAAUGCAUAAUAUUCAUUUCCAGGGAUUCUUUCCCUUUAAGAAUUACGUCAAUGAUAUACCUAGGGAUUGGUACGUUAAGGGUGACCUGUCAAAGCUCUUAUUCACUAAUAGUAACCUAAAUUAUAAACAUCUGGAAAUAAUGUCAUACAUAGUCUGAAUAUAUAUGGACUUGCAUCAUGGACAUUUGAUGUAUUUAAAAAUCUUAACAGUUUUAGUCCAUACACACAUAUUUAAUGUGUUCGCUCACUACAAAAGCUAUUUACCAUAAUUUAGUAAGUAAUUCUGCUUAGAUAUAUGGUGUUUAAUGACCAACUAAAUGCAGAUAAACAUGUUUAAAAUGAUAGUCUUUUAUUAUACUCCAUCCUGUGUUCACAUGUAAAUGUAUACUGUAUGUACUGCUCACACUGUACUCCAAUGUGGAUCUAUUUUUAUAAAGGAUGUUUAAUUGUGUAUAAAACUAUUUUGCAUCUCCGAGUUGGUACUUCAUUAUCAUAUUAAUAUGCAGCAUACAAUAAGGGGUCAGAAUUUUAAUUAAACUGUGGAAACAGUUAUCUCAAUGUUGAAAGCAGAAUUACCUAUACUACUAUGCUAUAUUAUAAUAUACCAGACAGAUGGACCAGACGGCAAGUGAUAAACUCUAUAAAUAUUAACCAACUCUAAUGGGUAAAAUUGACAAAAAGCAUAAAAUUUUCCAAAAUAUAUGUUUAUGGUAUAACAUGCACGCUGCACAAAGAUUACAUACAAAAGAAAAAUAUGAAUGGAGGAUACGCAGGAUAUUAGCUAUUAAUUUUCUUUACUAAAACCUGAUUUAAAAAAUAGAUGUAAAAAAAUAAUAAAAAAUUAGGGAAAUUUUCAGUAACCGAUACUUAUUCCCUCCUAUUGCCAGCCCUCCGGAACCCCUGACAGGGGAUAUGAGUAUGAAAUUUGUAUAUGGCACCACUUCCCUAUGAUAUAAGAUAUAUUAUCCUUUAUUUGGAGUGAGUUCUAGAUGAGAGGUAGGUAUAAAAUAAACUUACCAUCGCAGAUAUGAGCCCAUGGCAUCAUGGGAUAUCUUUUCCUAUGAUGCCAUGGGCGUAUAAGAAUGGCCAGCAUUCUCUCAGUGAUUAAAUGCGUGCUCAUAUGCAUUCUGACGCAAUGGAUUUCAGUGGAUUCACAAUUUAUUCCAUGCUGUGAUUUUGCUGGUUUACAUAAUAAAUAAUAAAAAAACUGGGCCGUGUUUGAGGGUAAAAUGGCAAUUUGGUUGGCUAUUGAGGUAAGUAAAAUUUCAAGAGAUGACCGUUCCUCUUCUAUAAUGUUUUUAUUACUGUCUGGUGUUAGUAAAAAAAAAAAAAAUCUGAAUUUGUGUUUUGCAGUACUUGGCAUCCUAUAGUAUUUUAGUCGCUCCAUUGUUAUAGAAUGCAGUGUGUUCUUUGUAUGUUCUUACAGAACCUCUAAACCAGGCUUUCCGAAACCCCGGCCCUCCAGAUGUUCCUGAACUACAACUCCCAUGAUUCUAUUAAUAAAAUAGAUAGGCUGCAAAUCAUGGGAGUUGUAGUUCAGCAACAUCUGGAGAGCCAGAGUUUGGGGAAGCCUGCUCUAAACUGUAGCAGAAUUUACUUUAUUUCUGCCCAAAGAUUCCUAUUAUUUAUUUCAGACUUACUGCAGAUUUGGAAUCCUAAAUUGGCUGUAAGAAUUGUCUUGAGUCAAUAUAUGUUCUACAGUGAUUCAAUCUCUGUUGGUCCACUCCCUGUCAAACAGUAACAUACACAAGGGUGUGCGCGAUUUUCAUCUGUAGCAAGAAUGCAGUUGUUUUUUUAUGUUUCUUCUAGUAUCGCUCUUAAUUCGAAAAUAUUGCUAGAAAAAUAAAGGGAUACAACGAUAUGUGUAAAUGGAUUUUAAAAUGCAAAUAUGUAUCCAGAUUAUAUAGCCAUAGGUAAUAAAUUAAAUCCACACUGUUAAAUCAAGUAAUUGUGAUAAUCUUUUUAGGGAAUAAACAUUCACUAUGGACCUGUUAGUUUAGUAAAAAAAAUUAUCUAGGUAAUGCAAUGCCAUCUGCUAACAUUUAUUUAUACACGUUAAAAAUUAUACGCAAUUGGGUUUAGCUUUGAAAGACUUUGUUAAAGAAACUCUGUAGUGUUACUUCUAAUGCUAUAAUAUUUGGCUAACUAUGAAACAUAGAUUUAUUUACCUUUUAGCCCUUGCUGUUGCCAUCCCUCUUCUUUGGCUCAGAUCUUCAGUCAUGAUGAUCUCCGCCAAUACAAUGCUUCCUCAUUGGCUUGUGUGCAUGCGCAGAAACUUCACCAUCUCCUCAUCGAAAUGCAUUGAGUCAAUGCAUCUCUAUGGGGAGACUUCAGUGUUAACAUGCAGAACGUGGAGAUACUGAACGCUGAUCCUGCAAUAUCUGCAGGACUGAACCCAGGAAGGCUAGUGACGGCCACUAGAGGGGGUCAUAGAAAAGGCAGUGUUUGCACUGCUGACCCUGCAAGGACAAGCCCUAGAACCAAACAAUUAAAAACAUGUCCCGGGGGGCGGGGCUAGCACGCAGACCGAGACAGACGCCAUUUGCUGGAGCUCCUAGAAACAAACCUGAAAUCUGCCCGAUAUCAUCGGAACACGAGCCCAUCCAGCCUCCAAAAACACAAAAUCGGACUCUGCUGCCCGAGCUGCAAGCGUAGAUGCCCUUCUUACAGCCGCAAAAACAGCCUAAGCGGCAACGGAAAACUGAGGCCUAUCACCCUCUCCAAAUCCCCAGCCUCGUGUCACUCUUUGGCGGAGACCCUGCGGAACGGCCGAGGGCGUCCCCAUCACAAACAUCGCCCACCACACUCACCAUGGGCCGUAAAUCACAGAGACCCACCACAGGGUCAGAUACCAGGGACAUUGGGGCGCUGCUCCAGAAGCCCAAACACACUCAGGCCGGAGACCAACCGGACACAGAACCGGAACCGGACCGCCACGAGAUGGAGGUACCACAACACCCCCUGGUGGUAAGACCCGCACAAGCGGACCCUAUGGAUGAAUCAGCCCCAACAACUAGGGGAGACCUGAAGGUUCUAUUAGCUGAUAUCCACAAGCUCCUGGCUGCAGAUUUAGCUGUAUUUACAACACAGCUACAGGCCGUCACAGAGAGAGUCAAGGCCACAGAGGGGGCUAUAGCAGAUACACAAUCUGCCAUGCAAACCAUGCAGGACUCUAUCCACCAACUACAAGCGCACCAGACUACCCUGAACGCAAAACUCAUAAUACUAGAGGAUAGACAACGCCGCGUAAACAUCAAAAUAAGGGGUAUCCCUACGGCAAUAUCCGCGGAGGAACAUCCCCACUACACCCGACGCCUCUUGACAUCUAUAUUACCUCCCACGCUGGCCCGCAAAAUCACAGUGGACAGUCUAUAUCGCAUCCCCAAUACCACCAACACUAAUACCAACCUGAACCGGGAUGUCAUCCUGCGCUUCCACUCAGUACAAGACAAAAUACAGGUCAUGUCAGCCGUGAAGGGCAAAACCCCUCUUUCAUUUGAAAAUGACACCUUGAACUUCUUCCAAGACCUUACUAAGGCAACAUUGCUAUGGAGGAAAACCUACGCACCGGUAACAUCCCAACUACGCACGGCAGGACUGCCAUACAGAUGGGGAACCAACAACUCUUUAACGGUCACCGCAGAAGGAACUACGCAUGUCCUCCACACCAUGGCCGACGCAGCCUCUUUUUUGAGAAAAUUGGGACUACCCAUUCCAACCGAUAAUCGCACGCUUCGUGAGAGUGCCAGAGACCCGGCCACCAUCAUCCCCUUUGUCCCACGCACCAGAGGGACACCACCACCCGUACAGUGACAGCCCACACCGGCACCUAUGGCUACACAAUCUAGCCCACAUUGGAAGGCUCUGGCCUCGACUCACCUGGAGAGGACACUGAUACACGAGGGAAACCUUGUACUCGGACGCAACGCAGUCACUAGAAUUUAACUUUUUUAUAUUUUUAUAUUUUAUAUAUAUUUCUCUCUCUUCUCUAUGCUUUCACACCCCUAUCCUGACUAUGAGCAAACCACACUCCAGCCAACACACUGGACACAACACCAGAGAGUCAAUGGAGCCACAUCCCUCCUCCCCCCCCACGCAACCCCCUUGGUUAGGGGUACCACGCAUAUCAGCUACCGCUGAAACCGCCCAUGCGCACAGGCCACACUGACAAACCACAACCCAAACUGGGAACCAACACCAUUACAUAAGCUGACACAUGUUACCUACUCAAACUCCAUGAAUCACUCACACGACAAUGUUUCUCUUUGUUUCAAGACUCCUAUAUAUUUGUCUACAGAAUGUCUAACAUGUUAACCUUGUAUAUAAUUGUUAAACGUUGAAGAAAAAAAAAAAAAUGUGCAUACUGCUAGACAUACCUAAGCUAUAUCGGACAUGCAUAAUUUACGAAUGUCUUUUGUCCUCUUGAUAUUUCUUAAAAUGCUGUUUUUAUUGUCAUUGUUGGAUAUUUGAGGAGCUUUGAUCACGUUAUUGUUUUGAUAUCCAAGUAAAAUUGUGUUUGAUUUCUCACUUCUUGCAGGAAAAGUAUUUGUUCCAAAGUCUAUGCCCUUAAAAAGCCAGCCAGAAGAAAAGGUUACCCUGGAGCCAGAACUGGAAGAAGCUCUCGCAAGCGCCACAGAUACUGAACUCAGCGAUCUUGCAAGUAAGCAGCAGUUUGCAGUCCACAUGCUGUCUAAGAAACCGUGUUAAUUUUGUCGACUAACAAUUUUAGUCGACUACAUUUUUUUAUAUUUAGUUGACUAAAACCAUUCAGUUGACUAAAAUACAACUAAAACUAAAAUGGCUUUUUACUCAAAAGACUAUGUAUAAAACUAAAUUAAUAUUUGCCGCCAAAGUUAACACUGCACAGAGGGGCUGUGGAAGGGGCAGAAGAGACAGGGCUUGGGAGAGAGACACUUAGAGGUGCUGGGAGGACCCAAAGCGACACAGAGGGGCUGGGGAAGGCGCAACAGAGGGGUAACCGACAGAUAAAGACUUUAACUAAACCCUGGAGAUUUAGUCAACUAAAACAAUUCAGAUGACUAAAAUACGACUAAAACUAAAAUGACUUUUUAGUCAGAAGACUAUGACUAAAACUAAAUUGAAUUUUGCCAAAAUUAACACUGCUAAGACAUGUGUGCUGGAUGUUUAUGACUUUAAGAGUUGGCCGUAUAACAAUUAUAGGAGCUGUAGUUAAAACCAUUUGGAGAGAAUGGGUUUUAUUCAACACUGGUUGACAACUAUACUAAAUCCUUUAGAAUCUUUGAAGAGUCUCAAUUACUGAAAAAACUAAUUCUGUUCAUAUAAAAGCAGUGAUGACCUUAGAUCUCUCCAAUCUUCUAAAGUCAGUGGAGCCGGUGUCACACUAUGGUUGAUGUGGAGUUGGCACAGUCCCGGGGAAUCAGGGCCGCCAUCAAGGGGUGACAACCGCCUGGGCCCCAAGUGUAGCGGCAGAAUUGCCGACGGUGCAGUUGCACCGGGGCCCGCACGCUGAUGGGGCCCAUCAGGUGGCCCACGCCCUUAGGGACACCCGAUGGGCCCUACAUCUUCAGGGGCCCGGUCAGCGCUGUGGCCGUGUUAUAGUGUGACCGGGCCCCUUUAAAAAAAAAAGUGCAGCCGUAGCGCAAGUGCUGCUGGGAGGAAGUGGUCACUUCCUCCCAGCUCACUCCGUGCGGGAGUAGAGCCAGCGUGGAGGCGAAUGAAGAGGUAGAGCCAUGCCGACUUCUAUCAGCCCCAGCCACCCUCCUGCAAAGAAAAGGUAAGAACAGGAGGGUGCCUGAAAAAUGAGCUCUGUGUGUGUGUGUCUGUAUGUAUGUAUAUAUGUCACUAUCAAUGUAUGAAUGUAUUGUAUGCAUGUAUGUAUGUCUGCAUGUCAUGUAUGUAUGGAUGUGUGUAUGGAUGUCAGUGUCUGUAUGUAUGUCUUUAUGAAUGUAUGUAUGUAUGUCUGUCAGUAUGUAUAUAUGUCUGUAUGUCUGUCACUAUGUAUGUAUGUAUGUUUGUAUUCCAGUAUCAAUGUAUGUCUGUAUGUCAUUAUGAAUGUAUGUCUGUGUGUGUGUAUAACAAUUCCUCCCAGCUCACUCUGUGAGGGAGUAGAGCCAGCGUGGAGGCGAAUGAAGAGGUAGAGCCAUGCCGACUUCUAUCAGCCCCAGCCACCCUCCUGCACAGAAAAGGUAAGAACAGGAGGGUGUCUGAAAAAUGAGCUCUGUGUGUGUGUGUCUGUAUGUAUUCAUGCAUGUAUGUCUGUCAGUAUGUAUGUAUAUAUGUCACUAUCAAUGUAUGAAUGUAUUGUAUGUAUGUAUGGAUGUGUGUAUGGAUGUCAGUGUCUGUAUGUAUGUCUUUAAGAAUGUAUGUAUGUAUGUAUGUCUGUCAGUAUGUAUAUAUGUCUGUAUGUCUGUCACUAUGUAUGUAUGUAUUCCAGUAUCAAUGUAUGUCUGCAUGUCAUUAUGAAUGUGUGUGUGUGUGUGUGUCUGUAUGUAUGUAUAUAAUAUAUGUCUGUAUGUCAGUAUGAAUGUAUGAAUGUGUGUAUGGAUGUCAGUGUAUGUAUGUCAGUAUGAAUGUAUGCAUGUCUGCGUGUCUGCAUGUCAUUAUGAAUGUAUGUAUGUAUGUGUGUAUGGAUGUCAGUAAAUGCAUGCAUGUCUGUCAGUAUGCAUGUAUGUCUGCCAGUAUCAAUAUAUGUCAAUAUGAAUGUAUGUCUGUAUGUCAUUAUGAAUGUAUGUCUGUGUGUGUAUGGAUGUCAGUGUCUGUAUGUAUCUAUGUGUCUGUAUGUCCUUAUGCAUGUGUGUCUGUAUGUUAGUAUGUGUAUGUCUCAGUAUGUGUGUGUCAGUAUGUAUGCCUAUAUGCGUGUAUGUCUGUUUCAGUAUGUGUGUCUUUUAGUAUGUAUCUGUGUAUGUGUGUAUCUGUGUCCUUUUGUAUCAGUGUGUGUGUUUGUGUCUGUGUGUGUAUUCCUGUGGGCGGGAUUUGGAGGCAGCCCUGUGGGCGGGCUUGGAGGCAGCUCCUGGGGGCCCAGACCCUGAGCUGAGUUAGGGACCCCAUAAUUUCUGGUGGCGGCCCUGUGGGGAAUUAUCUGUAUCCAAAGCAGAGUCUGCUACACUCUGUCAAGGUUAUUCUCUGAAGUGUCCAUUUUUAAGAAUUCAGAGUGAUGUUACAUUUUAGGUGCCUCCUCUUUGUUAAAAAAGUUAAUAGUUAAUUAAUGACUUAAUACCAGCGGGCUACCCUGCACUGCUCCCCAUCUCCAUCAUAGCUCGAGGAAUGCUGGAAGGUCACUUUCUGAGCUAAGUUCAUCAGUGCAGGGCUCAGCUUAUUUGCUGUGAGUGGUCAGCUGAUGAUCAGCUCAGGAGAGCUAAUGGAAGCUCCUAAGCAGGCUCUAUUGUAGCUCUCCCUCUCUCUUAUAGGUGUAGUGGAGGCAGGGAGCAGCAGCUAACGGACCCAAGGUAAAAAGUCAAAUUUGGCACAUCAACAUUAAUUAACAUUACUACAGCACACUGUAAUAGUUAUGGUGUUUAGAGUAUUUCUUUAAAUGAACCGAAGUGAGUAAAAUAAUUCAAUGGGAGAUAUAGUUGAAAUGAUUUAAUAAAAUGAUGUAUCAGAGUGUUAAAUUAAUUUCGGGGGCUUACUGUGAGAAUUCUACAAAGAUUCUCAUCUUAUUCUGAGCAACACAAAAGAGGCUCUUCCUGUUGCCUCAUGCCAUAAGUGGAUGUGUGAAAGUUAAUAAUGGAACAGGUUGACAGCUGUGAGGACUCACCCACUCAUUCCUCUGUUACCUAUGUUGUGGUACAGCGAAUUAAAUUAUUAAUAUUUCUGAUAUUACAACAGAAGAGCUGUGUGAUUGGUUUGUUCAAAUAAAAUCACAUUGGCCUUUUGCUGCAAGCUACUACUGGGCAGAAAAGCCCAAGCUUCAUCACUAAUUUUGUUCAUUUGAUUUAUUUUGAUUAUUUUGAUUAUUCCCAUUUCUAAGAACAGAAAAUACAGAAAGUUGUUUUUAAGUUGAUUUUUUUUAAACCAUGUUGUAGAAAUGCAAUAUUUAUGAUGUAUUGCCAAGCUGGCUACACAUUGUGAUAGUUGUAGUUCUGUCCAUCUUUGGCUUGAAGGUUAAGGAAGAUACUAUCACCUGUCAGCAUAUAUUUAGGGAAAUGGGAGGGAACGUGUUGUUGGAUUGAUGUUCUGUGUAGUGUCAAGGAGACUGGGCUGAAGUACUAAACCUGGAACGGCAGACAAGACCCAGAAAAUAGAAUGCAUCAGCAAAUAAACAAACUAAUUGGAUUUUAAAAAAAAUGUCCUAAAAAAAAUAAGACUUUAUGUUGAUCUGCUCUGUUUCAGCCGUCCUUGGAGUGCAACAUUUUUCAAGCCGACCACAGGGUAACGACGAAUUAAACCAAGAUGGUACAGAAAGAACUGAUUUAAGACGUAAGAAAACCUCUGUUUAUGUUGCAGAUAUGUUCUACUUUUGCUUGUCCACUUAUUGAAAAGAGAACCCUUCAGUCGCUAAGUGCAGACUGUUAGCAAUGGCAGAAUACAGUAUAAAACAGCAGGUUUUGGUACCAUAGCAUUGCCCUUUCUUAUAUAACAAGAUAUGUGUUAGAGAGGGACUGUUCACAUUUUUGCUGCAAGCAUGUAACUCCGUGAACUUUGAUAGAAUGUGUCUGCCAGAUUUCUGUUUAUAGUAAGUGUUCCAGAUCUUCACUUGCCUAAGGAUACAUACAAUGUUAUGCUAAUUACAUUCUUUGGAACUCAUCAUCAUUUCACAUGUUCUUUUACUUCCUGAGCAUCAGGCAGCAAUACAGCAGGGGGGAUACAGUAUCUGUGAGGGGUUAAUUUGACCAAUGUAUCUUUCAGCAUUGGCUGACCACUAUCAUUUUUUCAUAAUCAUUUGAUAUAUUCUGAGAUAAGUGACUCUGUAAGAAUUGAGUUUGGAAUGUAUUAUGUUAAAUUAUAUUAUUUAACAAGCAAACAGUAAAUCCAGCUGGUCUUUUCUCCAGGCAUAUUAUGCAACAGAAUAACCUACAUGAUAUUAUCAGUCAUAGUACUGAUUAGAAAGACCAUCCUGAUGUCUUAUUCAAGCUUGUUAUAGAGUAAAAGAUCUUACAUUUCUUUUGGUGGAUAUUUAUCAGUGUUCUGAAAAAUGAAAAAAAAAUGUUUUAAAUGUUUUAUUUCUCCUAACAAAUGGUGUAAAUUCAGAAAUGACAGCUAGGUUGCAAAAGAAAGAUUUAAUAAAUUUCACCAAAUAUUCACUGAAAAGUAGACAUAAAUGUAUCAAUGACACUUUGAUAAAUCUCCCGCUUGUGUUUUGUAUAAAUAAGUGAUCUAAAAGGACUUUGUUUUCAGGAUAAUAAUAAAAUAUAUAUAUAUAUAUAGCUUAGGCCACAAUAUUUUAUCAGGUUAUUCAUUAAAGUGAGAUUUCAAAGUGAGAUUUCAAAUUUAAGACCACAGCAGACAAAUUGAAAGCUUUAAAGAAUUUUUCCAGUUUGACUAGAUUGACCUUAAAUUUGAAAUUCACUUUGAAUUCUAGCUUAAGUAAAAAAAAAAAAACCCUGUAAGUUACUUACACAGCCUUCCUAAACACUUCCUGUAGAGUGAGAUCUAAUAUUUACACUUCCUUUUACAGCAAAUUUUGUAAGAAUUCCUUAUCUCCUGCACUGUUAAUAGCUUGCUAGACCUUGCUGGGUCCUCCUGUAUGUAAUAAAAGUUCAAUUUACAGAGCAGGAAAUAAAAACUUCUAAAGUAAGUUAAGAUAUGAUUGAAAAUUAUUUUUUUGUUAAUGCAGGCUGUGCAAGUGACAGUCAGGGAAGGUGUGGCUAGGGAUGCAUAAACAGAAAUACAAGUAAUUGAAGAAUUGAACAGUGAUACUUCAGAGGCAUGAUCUAUACACAAAAACUGAUUAAACCAACUUUGUUUUAGUGACUUUGGGAUACCUUUAAUUACAGAUUACUGUUAAGCUAGAUUGCAUUACAUAAUUUUAUGUUAAAAUAUAUAAGCCAAUAAUGAGUGAGUAGAAUACAGGUCCGCCAUAAGUCAUCCUACAUUCUAUAAGAAAACUAUUAUUAUAAAUACAGUAUCACACAUAAUGAAUGUAUCAAUGAAUACAACAUUUGUAUAUGGCAGAUGUUGUAAAAGCCGAAAAGGUGAAGCCCACGUUUGAAGACCCUCCAAAUCCCACUAACGUGGAAGAUAGUUUGCAAAGGAUAAAAGCUAACGAUCCUUUCCUUGUGGAUGUCAACUUGAACAACAUCAAGGUAUCAAAGUACUACUCAUUACCUGACUCAUUUUACGUAACAUGCCACAUGAAUGCAUGACUAAAUUAUUGACAGCAAUACAGUAAAUAGACAUGUCAAAAAAACAAAGAUGUUUCGAGGAGUAAAUAGUUAUUAAAAAUGCUUUUUACCUCUGCAAGUUAAGUUGGUUUUAUUUAUAUAUAAUAUUUUUCGUGUUUAAGAAUUUGAUAAAAUAUUUGUUUUUCACUUUUUUUCUUGAACAUGUAGAACAUCCCAAUCCCAACACUCAGGGAUUUUGCAAAGGCUUUGGAAACAAACACCCAUGUAAAAGGAUUUAGCCUGGCAGCCACAAGGAGUAAUGACCCAGUAGCCAUUGUAAGUAAUCACAUGAAUGAUGUCAAUGAAAUAAACCCAUAUGUUAAUGGUUACAAUUAAUUUCUGUGGAAUAUAUGUUGGAGGUUUUACUUGGUUGGAAUACUGGAGGUUUUGUGAGUGACUUCUCUUCUUUGUAAUUUCCUUUGUCAUAAGUCACCUCGUCUCUUGCCUUAUAUGAGAACCAUAGUGAGUGUAGUGUGCACUGUAUUCACCAUCGAGAGCUAUGGAAAAGGAGAGUUUUAGGUCAUUUAAAAUGGUCAUGUAAUAAUACAUUGAUUUUUCAUCAUUUAAAAUACAGUACAGCAUUUCCUAGAUACUAAAGAAAUAGAUAAUAUUAUUAGUAUAUGACUGAAUCCUGACCGUUCGUCUCUAUAGUCUUCCCUGCUUCACUCCCUGCACAGAAACAGAGAAGACCAUAGAGACUGAUUGUCAAUUUUCAAACAAUGUCAGACCCAAGGUGUAUGUAUAUGGCUGAAGGAUCCUGCAUAUACUAAAGAGAGGAAUGAGGUUUUCCUAUAUUUUACAUAUACUUAAUUUAAAAAAAAAUCUAUUUUCUUUCAAAAUUUGAUGAAAGGAAUAUUACAUUAAAACAUAUUUUUAAGGUGACAGUUGUCCUUCACACAUUUUUAAAAUAUACUUUCAUGUUAAAAAAACCUAAAUAAAUCUUAGAUUUUUGGAUAUAAAAUCAAAAUGAUUAAACAUGCAAAAUGUUUUAGAUAUAUGAAAUUGAUCAAAUAAAAACAUAGCUUAAUGUUUCAUUGUUUAAGGUUCUUCAUGGCAUUUCUUAUAUAUGUAAUUUACAGAGUCUAACUUCAGACCUAUUCCUGAUGUAACCCAUUCUUGAUGACCUUGCUUCCCAUGGGUAUAUGGAUAGCCUGAAAUGGCUCAUAUAGUUCAAAUCAGUCUCGAUCACACACCAUCACACGUGCAAUUCUCUGACCCACUCAAAGCGCAGUACUUAUUCCGUAAAAUAUAUAUGGAUGGCUAAAUGAACACGUUAGAUUUCUCAUGUGAAGUCAUUAGGUAGUUGGGUAGAGCCUGUGCAGUGUAGAUCAAAAUGAAAGUUAAGAAAAUAGGAAUUAAAAUAUAUAUUUUCAGGGACAUGUUUUUUUAGUAAUCUUACCGUUAUCUGAUCCAAAAGUGAUAUAAACCGCUUUAUAGCCCCUUUUCCCUGGAUGCCAUGGUUCGAUAAAUCCAAAAUACCAGGUUAUCAUGGUGACACAAAAUUAUAUUCCUUAUGGCCAGAGGAGAUCACAAUAUCUCCAUUGAACAGCCCAUAGCAUGCUAAGGAGGCAUCAGCUGGGAUAACUUUCCUAUCUUGAGUCACAUGCUGAGUAGCGAUGGGAAGUGAUAUGACAUCACAUUCUGCUAGCACUGUCAGUCACUCGGUGAAAAUGCCCCUCGUGAGAACACUGAAUGAAUCUUUCUGUUACAUCAGAAUGAAAAGACAAACUUGUGUCCACCAAGCACCAAUGUCCGUGCUGAUCUCAAGAACUCCUUUCUCUCCUCCAUACCAGCAGUAGUGAGCACAAUGAGGAGUAGAGGAGUAAUUCAUUCUAUGGCAAAUGUGUAUGACUCUAAGAAUGAAUGUUUGGAUUUCUGUAUAUAUGUGUAUGAUUGGCCUUUAUUGUAAUAAGUCGCUUUUCGUAUGUCUAUAUAUGUGUGUGGUUAAUUAGGUAGGUGUGAGAGAGUGGCUCGGAGGGAUACUCCAGACUGGAAUUGGUCUUUAUUUAAUUUAUUAUAAAUAUGCCAAAUAAUUCCACGUGUUUUCUGCAAUUGCUCAUUGAGCUUUAACACUCAAUUCAACACAUUUGCUGCGAAUACGCGGUGAUAUUACCUAACCUGGAAGUGGCUCAGCCAAUCAUUGUGCAUUUGUUCAAAUGAAACAGAGCAUGUCUAAUAAAACCCUGCCCGGGAAUUUAGGGGCAUGUAGUUCAGUGCUUUGCAGCUGCUAACUUCCUUAAUAAAUUGGAUGGAACUGCUACCUAACCUGAUAGCAGACACACUGUAGAGCAGGGAUAGGCAACCUGCGGCACUCCAGAUGUUGUGGACUACAUCCCCCACAAUGCUUUGACACCCAUAAUGCUGGCAAAGCAUCGUGGGAGGUGUAGUCCAAAACAUCUGGAGUGCCGAAGGAUGCCUAUGCCUGCUGUAGAGCAAUCAGAGGGGACCGCAGAAGUGUACAUGCUCUGCCUCCUUCACAAUAAGCUGAGACCUUUUUCACAUGGAAAUUUAUACAACACAUUUGCAAAGUGCACACUUCCUCCUGUAAUGUAGCUCAUUGUUGGCAUGGGAUUGAAGUUGUAACGAUCUUUGCAAAUUGAUGCAGAGUGCAGAGAGACAGGGGACCUCCUUGCACCAUAAUCAAGAAAAGAGCAUUGGGUUGAAUGUUGCUUGGAGAGUGUGUGUAAGAUUAAGUAUGGCUAAUUGUGUGUGUUUGUAAGUUGCUAAUAAAUAUUAGCACUGUCUCCUAUAUUUUAGGGAAAAUCUCCAGCCCUGGUAUAGGCCAUCUAAUGUUAUGUUUAUACAAGGAACGGACCUUUGUUAUAUUGGUGAGUAGAGAUGUCGCGAACCGUCCGCGAACUUCUCGCGAACGGUUCGCCGCGGUUCGGUCAGCUGACACGUCCCGGCCAAUCUCCAGCAGACCCUCCCUCCCAGACCACAUGGAUGCUGUCCAGGAAGUAGGAGGGUCUGGGAGGGAGGGUCUGCUGGAGAUUGGCCGGGACGUGUCAGCUGACCAGAGUUUGCCGCGAACAGCUCGUGGCGAACCGUGGCGAACCGUUCGCGAGAAGUUCGCGGACGGUUCGCGACAUCUCUAUUGGUGAGAUGCUAUGUAUGGUGUAACUUGUGUAAUAUAGAAGGUAGCAAAGUUGACAAGAAGCCAGAAAACAUGAAUCAGUGAGCAUAUCUAAUGCAGUAAAUGUAAAAUGAUAAAAUCUCUGUUUUUCUUUUAAACCAGUCCACGUCUGCUAUUUUUAGGAAUUAAAAGAAUUGUAUAUUUAUCAUUUUAUGUCUGGUGUCUUUGUAAUUUACUUCAAAUAUAAUUUGCCUUCCGAAGGCCUUUGCAGAUAUGCUGAAAGUGAACAAAACAUUGAGGAGCCUUAAUGUAGAAUCAAACUUUAUAACUGGAAUUGGAAUAAUGGCCCUUGUCGACGCUCUUAAAGAGAACAAGACCAUCACAGAGAUCAAGAUUGCCAACCAGGUAAAUGUGGAGUAACGUAUCAAGCAUUUCAUGGAUUGGAGAACCACCGAGAUAAAAUCCUAUAUACAUUUUUGUUUCACCAGAGGCAGCAGCUGGGGACCGUUGUGGAGAUGGAAAUAGCUCAGAUGCUGGAGGAGAACUCUGCAAUUCUUAAAUUUGGAUAUCAAUUUACGCAGCAGGGUCCCAGGACUAGGGUAGCAACAGCAAUCACAAAGAAUAAUGACUUAGGUGAGACAACUGCUAAUCAAAUACAUAAAUUCCUUGAUUUGUUUUAUCAUCACCACUAUGCUGUGAUAGAAUGUUUCUGUGAAUCACUCAAUACCACAACAUAGAUAAGCCUGACAAAUAAUUGUGAUCUGAUAUUACGCAUUACUACACAGCUAAAUGGAUCAAAAAUGUAUAAACUUUAUUAUUUGAUAGAGAAAGUUUGUUCGUCUGUGGUCUCUCUUAUACAUCUUCCUUUUGUGGAUUUUACUGUUCCUGGAUGUAUUCAUGCAGAGCAUGAGGACUUACAGGGUCCGUUAUCGGACCAAAAAUCCUUAACAGCCAGCAAAAGUCAGUUAACAGUCAUUUAGGCGACCUAAAAUCCGGUGGGCUCUCGGAAGCGGCUCUAGUGACUGUCUGGUAGACAGCCACUAGAGGCUGUCUUAGUACUGCAAUGUAAACAUUGCAUUUUCUCGAAAACUGCAGUGUUUUACUUUGCAGGAUUAAGGGGACAGGGAUAUUGCACCCUGUCCACUUCAAUGAGCUGAAGUGGUCUGGGUGCCUAUAGUGUCCCUUUAAAAGUCAUAAACCUCCCAAAUACAUGUACGGGGCUUUAGCUCACAUUAAUUUCACCAUUGCUGUUAUGUAAUAGUCCCAAGGAUGUAACAUGUGUUAUAUAGGUGCACCUGCUAAUCUAUUGUUCAAUGGAAAUUUAGCUAGUACCUGAUUUUGACUCACUUUGCUUAAUAUCGCCGACAUAUUUGAAAAAAAGAGAAAUAUCAAUGUUACCUUCCUGGUAAAAUAUAUUAUAAAUAAAUAAAAUUUUAAAAGUGGGAACUCACAGGUACUUAUUGAAAUAAUAUGUGUAUAUCGCCUGAGUGUCUUGAACAGCCAUAGGUCGGUACAGAAACACAGUCAUACACUGACUGACCAGAUCAGUAUUACAGCACACAGUCUGCUCUAUUGAGACUUAGCAGAGAUUACUAAACUGUCUUUUUGGCAUAUGCUAAUUCUCCUGUUCUUGGACAAAAAUUUUAACCUCAGCCCUAUGUGACUCAGCUGCAAUAUAUUUCUAGAUUGUUUAAGAGGGAAGAAGUGAAUAUUCCCUCUCUAAUCGUUCCAAAUCUAAUUUUAGUGGAGAGUACAGAACCAUAUCUUCUCUUUCUUAAUUAUAUUUGGCAGUUAUUUGACACUCAUGGAAUGGAUAAUCUGUUUUACGGAGAAAGCAAACAAGAUUGACCGUUGCAUAAUACUAAAAUACAAGAUGUUAAUAGAAUACAUCAUUUUGUUCUAGUAUUUGCACUUAAUGGCAAACUAUAGUGCCAGGAAAACAAAGUUGCCUUCCUGCAACUAUAGCUCCCUAUUAUACCCCACUCCAUCAGGUCCCUCCCCCACCAAGGUGCAGAAGGGGUUAAAAUGCUUUCCUGUGGGACUUUACAUGAUGCUGGAUGUCCUCAUGCAUAGCGUGAGAACAUCCAGCGUCAGUUAGGCAACCAAUAGUCACCUAACGACCCAGAAGUCCAUCUCGUGGCUGUCUGGUAAGCAGCCAUUAGAGGUGGCAUUAACCCUUAAAGGUAAUUAUUAUUAUUGCAGUUUAUUAAAAACUGCAAUAAUUACCUUUGCAGGGUUAAGGGACCUGGGGCACUGCAAUAAGCUGACGUGGUCUGGGUGCCUAUAGUGUCCCUUUACUCCACAAUUAUACUAGUUAUAUUAAAGUUUUUGAGUUCAAUUCUUCUCUCACCAUUGGAUCACGUGUUGUUGUAAAAGUACCAUAAAAAGUCAUAUACAAAUUGUACCACGUUGUUGCCAUAAUGCUCAAAUACAUACCAGGUGUAGCUAGUUCUCAGAGUGUGCAUAACCACAGUAUUGAAAAGAUAAAAUAAUGAAUAGAUAGCUAGGCUUGGACAGUCUGCUUUUGAUUAUGUAGCAAGCACAAACCACAUGCUGUAGGGCUUCAUUGUGUGAGUGACGUUGGAUUAGUAAUUACAAUUUUCCGUUAUGAGUUCCGAUGGGCAGGGAGUAAAAUAGCUGGUACUUGUUUAUUAUACUCCCUCUGCUGACGUUGAAUCUAUUCUGAGUGCAGUGAUGGGAGAGAGCAACCAUUAAUUAAUUAAAACGGUAGUUAUACCCCCAAAACUGCUUACUGGUCUAUAAUUAGCACAGAAGCUGCAGGGAGCAGAGAAUUAGACUGUGUUUAGGGCUAGGCUGUGUUUAUCAUCAGUGAGUGUUUAGGGUUAAGGUAAGAGGCACCUAGAGUUAGGGGAUGCUUCGGGUUAAGGGGCUUAGGAUGUAGAAUGCUGCAGACUGUAACACUUAUUUCUCAGCACUAAUGACCCUAAUUCUAAAACCCGCUAACUGAAUACACUGUUAAAGCUUCAGUGGUGUUUAGCAUGCCUCUGCCCCUGAUCUGCCUGCUCUGUUGACAUCAUCAGAAGUGUUGAUCAAAGCCAAUCACAAUGCUUCCCCAUAGGAUUGUCUGAGACUGUGAAGGAGGCAGAUUUUGGCAGAGCCACCACAAGUCCAUUACAGCCCUGGCCAAUCAGCAUCUCCUCAUAGAAAUACAUUACAUCAAUGCACCUCUAUGAGGAAAGUUCAUUGUCUCCAUGCAGAUGGUUUAGACACUGAAUGGCAGUGCUGCACAGGAUGCACCUCUAGUAGCUAUCUGAAAAGACGGUGUUUACUGCAAAAAGCCUGAAGGUUAUGAUUCUACUCACCAAAACAGAUACAAUAAGCUGUACUUGUUCUAGGUGACUAUAGUUUCCCAAUAAGUUUAUGAAUUCAAAGUGAAUUUUACAUUUAAAGCCAAAGUAGCCAAACUGGUAGCAUAGACUUGGAGACUUGAUUUUCAAUGUCAGCUACUUUGGUCUUGAAAUUCAACUCUGAAUUCUCAAUAAUUCAUACUUUAGUAAAUAACUCUGUCAGUGAAUUAUAUACCCUUGUGAAGCUGCUCUGCUCAUAACUCUGAUUCGUAGGUAUGUCCCUACUCGGCCUCUCCACUGUGGAUGUGACCUUUAUGCCCGCCCUAUUAUGUCCUUAUUCUCCACUCCAAUAGACUGGAAGCUCGUCUGAGCAGGGUCCUCAUCUACCUAUUUUUCCUGUAUCAUUUUGUAGUUGUCCCUCAUAUUGUUAAAUUUCCCCCUUCCAUAAUAUUGUAAAGCGCUGCUGAAUAAGUUGGCGCUAUAUAAAGACCAAUAAUAAUAAUAAUAAUAUAUGGUGAGGCAGUGGCAUGAUUGUCUGUAAAAACAUUUUUAUUAAUUAAUAUAACUAUUUGAGGGCUGAUGUGUUUAUAAUGUAAAGAUAUUUUAUAGCAUAGAUCUGAAUGAGUAAUGCUGCUGUUGAAACCCACAGGCAUCAUUUGAUAACAUACAGUAGCUAUGAUAAACAAUAAAUCGGGCAAAACUGCCAUCCGUCAUGUAUUUAUAAGGAAUACUGACAUUUUUAGGAAUCCGCAAAAUACCAGUAGAAAAAGAGCUUUUUGUCUGUAUGUCAAAAGACAUAGCCGGCUGCCAUUGCAAUCUGUACAUACACCAUACUAUGUACUUAGUAUCCUAUCUUUGUUUUUGCCAUCCUGGGUGCUACUCAAUGGCCCUGAACACAUUAAUCAAUGCACACUCCUGCGCAGUGUGGGAGGACAGGCGAUGACUUCAUUUAUCAUCCCUCUGCGCAAAUUCUGACGGAGAAAUUCAUUUUUCAGUCAAGUCAUGAAUAGCUCUAGAGCAGACAUGAAGGUUACUAAGGAAUAUAUUAAUGGAAACAUAUUUUGAGCCUUUUUGUUUAAACCAUUUCAAUGUCAGAACAUUAUGGCAAUUCUUACUUGGCAAUGAUAGGGUUACAUUUUAUUCCAGUCUCUGUGGGUAGUGGAAGUUGUAAGAGAUUUGGAUAGUGGGUUGCAGUACUGUGAGCUGACAUUUGUCUUGUGUAUGGAUUAAUUCAUUUAUGCAAAUUGUUGUUUUACAUGUAUUACAUGGUUUUUAAAAAGUUAGCAGAUAUAGGAGGUCAGAAAGCAGGGAAAUGACUGAGUGAAAGGUACGUACUCAAAAAGGGGGACAUUUAUAGGGGUUUAUUUAUCAAGCAAUGAUCAAUCAUUUCAAUGGAAUAACAAUUAGACCAAAAUUCUUUAUUUUGUAGUUUAAGUAAUCCUCAUGUUAAUAUUGCCAUUCUGGUAUUAAAGUAAUACUUCAAGCACCAUAACCACUACAGCUAAGGGUGCAUUUGUACAAAUUGGUUACUGAUAAGCUGCUCUCAUGAGAGUGGGUGCAAAGUACUCUGUGCACCAUCACCACUGCAAUUUUACAAAGCUACUAUGGUAUUCGCGGUUACUCUUUAAACUUGUGUUAGAUUGCUGCUUUGUUUAAUAUUGGUCUUCUAAUCAGGAUGUUUAAAUGAACACUUCCUUCCAAGCCUGCUGGAAAAUAAUACUGACAUUAUGUGUUUGGUCAUAUAACUUACUGAUGCAAAACUGGAGCAAACUGUAGUUUUAUGAUAAUUUAAAUUAAAGGAAAACUGUUCUUUAACUUAUCAGUGCUAUCGGUAUAUACACAGGGUAUAUGCUAACGGUAUAUACACAGGGUUCGACUUGAUGGGCAUGCUGCCCGUACUGAUUCUGUUUAUUUUUAUAUUAUGCUACUACCACAGAGACUUGCGAGUCUCAUUGACACAUGCUUGUUAUAUUCAUAUUUGAGGUACUCUCUGCUUACACUGUGAUGCCCCAGGAGGAGAGGGGAAAGAUAGAUGUACUUACCACAACCAAACCUUCUUCAUGGCUUCACCUCCCGGUGGGUUCACUAUUCAGGACUCACAGUCACCAUUACAUGCCCAAAAAUGCAAAAUGGGGACUAUGGAAGAUAGAUUUUUUUAUUCAACCAAUAAGUAAUGUCUACUCCGCCGUGGUGCUCCAACAUCACCUAGCAGGCACAGCCUAUCUGAGUGCCCAAUAUCCCAUUUGCUCUGUAGCUAAAGACAGGGGAGAGACUUGAGGUUACAAAACUGAAGCUAUACACUGGAUCGGAACAUAGUAUUGGGCAGCCAAACCUUUAACCGUGUGAUGAAUGAAGACAAUAAGGGCAUUUUUUGGACAGAGGGUAAUUGAAAGGUGAGCUUGCCAGGAAUAUAUGGUUUGUGGAGCUCUAUGUUUUGGGAGGGUCCUGGCUGGAAAGGGUGGUAACUGUUAUCAGCCCCAGACCUGUUGGCGCUCUAUGUAUUACCCAGAUUAGCUCUUAAUUUUCUCUUCUGAUCAAAGACUAUUCUAAAAAUCAUAACUUCAAUCCUUCUUUAUAGCAGCUCUGUUUAUAAUUAUUAUUGUUAAUUGUUCUAGGUUUAUUGAUUAUUGAUCUGUCAGUCCAUUUCUUAAAAAAAUUGUGAUAUAUCCAGUCCCAUGUAAUGCAUUUACUCGAUUCUUUACCUAUCCAGUGCCAUGCAACAAUUAUGUCCAUAGUCUACUCUACACCAAUAUUUUGGAAACUAUAUAUAUUUUCCUAAUUACUAUAAUUCUGUGCCAGCUAAUGGCAGGCAGGAAAUCACUAGGGACAUUACUGAGGGGUUAUUUACCUAAUAGUGAAUUGAAUUAUAAGCUGAAAUAGUCAUGCUGUGUUGACCAUUCAAUUUUGUUGGAGAAAAUGUUCCCAGUCAGUUAUUUUAGCAUAAACUUUUCAAACUUAUUCUCAGUUCUCUACAAUUUGAUUAUUGAUGAAUAAACAGUGUUGCCAGUCUAUAAUUAUACCCUAUUGCUUUCUCUCUAUUUCUACAGUUCGUCAAAGGCGAAUUGAAAGAGAUCACCAAUAGAUCAAUGGGAACUGCCAAACAUCAGGUAGAGCAGGUGAAAUGCACUACACCUGACUGUGAAAGAUGCACUAAUACAAAUGCAGUUUCUCCAAAUACUUUACCCUUGGACAAGCCAAGCACUGGGAAACUCUAAGGAAAAUUAUGUUUCCCUAAAACCUGCAUUGAUCCUUGUCACGUUUAAAGAGUAACUGUUUUCUAGUGAUGUCAGAUGCAUGGUCUCCUACAUAAAUCCGUGACUCACAGAUUCCCUCCCGUCACUUUACUGAUGUUAAUGUUGCCAAGUGAUGUCAUAUGACCUUGAUUUUCAUUAAUGGAAGAAGUAGUAGAACACUUGACGCUUUGAGGGUUAUGUACUAAAAGUAUCAUGUUCACUUUCAUGUUUGCGCAUGUUCCAUUUUCUUAUGUAUAAAACUGCUACACUAUACGUCUUUUUUUUUUUUCUCUUUUUUUUGUAGCAUACCAAAAUAUUAUUUCUUUUCUGCUUUUUAUACCUCUGUUGGAUAUUUUUCCUGUUGAUUUUAACAUUGUUUACAUUUUAUGAAUGAGUAUUAUUACGAGCAGGAAAAAAGGCGUAUUCGCAACUUGAAGGACUUUUUAUACAUUAAAUGAAAAAGGACAAAGGUGAAAGAUGCGUACCGUCACAGAAAACCCGCCACUCUGACAAUAGUGGAAAAACGUGUCUUGAAAUGAAAGCUACGUUUUUCCACUUUAUUUUUAUACAUUGCAAGCAACAAACUUGGGAACAAAAAAUCCUCCCAAUAUGGAAAGGGAAAAUAAAUGAAUGGAAGAGCUCCUGUAAGGAAUAUUGUGGCGUAAUAAAUAGUGAAUAAAUAGGGCUUAAAUAUGGAAAGUGCCAGAAAACAGACUAAAAAGUGAACACGGUGCUUUUUAUACAUAACCCUCUUUGUCUUACAUGCAUCUCCGCAUCAUGUUAGCAUGCUAACGACUUUGUACAUGAAUUUGUAUGUAAUAGGACAAAUAUAUACAGGAAUAUUUGCUAGCAAGGCUUAAAUGUAAAAUGAAAGCAUUAAUACAUUUUACACACCUGAUGACUGUGCAAGUUGAGAAUCCUGAGGAGGCUUGGCGUGACGUCUUAAUCUCCAGAUACUGAUAAAUCAAAUGAAUUGCCAGAUGCCAAGAAAGAGAAGCUAAGGAGAAGUCUCUGCUCAUUAAUUAAUUCAUAUAUGCACCUAAUAUAAAAACCUUUAUUUUACUCCUCUAAAAGUAAUACAAAAUCAUGAGUAUCAGGGAAGAAGGGAAAAUUUGGCUGUGGAUUCAGCCUUUUGGAGUCUGGCGAUUUCCAUUUGAUUUAUUUGUAUGUUGCAGAAUAAUGCUGUUCCUAAAACAAAUGACCUGCAGUUUGCUAUUCCAAUUGCAGCUUGGCUGAUUUAUGAUGACACUGACAGAGUUCAAUGUAUCAGUUGGUAUGGCUGAUAUUGAAUUAAAAACCAAAUUGCAAAAGUUAGGCUAAAGUAGCCAAGUGUUGAAUUUAGGAGAGAUUGAGAAUUUUUCCAGCUCUGCUACUUUUGACUACAUAUUACAAUUUGGUUUUCAUUCACCACAGUUUGGGGUUUAGCGAAUAAUCCACCAGGGGUUUUAUUCAUGUUUUAAACAACUUCGAGGUGUCAUAAGAUUACAUAGUUACAUAGGCUAAAAAUAGUCAUGGGUCCGUCAAGUAUUUACUGUUGAUCGAAAAGAAGGCAAAAAUCCAGUUUGAAGUGUGCCUGGAAAGAAUAAGCAUUAUUUGGGGACAGGGAGGGGGGGCAAAGAGCGUGUGGAUAGCAUGAAACUCAGGAUUAUUCAAAAGGUUCAUAUUUGGUGUGGAUGGACAGCAUUUGACUAAAAUCAAAGAAGAUUUGCAGCUCUUUAAGGACACAUGACACGUGUGACAUGUCAUGAUUCCCUUUUAUUCCAGAAGUUUGGUCCUUAAGGGGUUAAUAAAGGCAAAUUCUUUUGAGCAAGUAUCAUCUGGUGUCUAAAAUCAGUCAUUUUCACUUGUGAAUCCUAUAUAAAAUAUAUGAUCUUGUGAACAAUUUCUGGAUUUUGCCAUCCGAAUGUCCCCAGACAUUACCAUACUAUUUUUGCUUAUCCGGACCAGUGGCAUUUAGAUUUUAAUGCAUAAUGCUGACUGUGUUUUGUGAAAGAUGUAUUGCAGCCUCAAAUGAUCCCUAUCUCAGCAGCUCAAGCUAGUUAUAUUGUAUAUCAUCCUCUGCUUCUCACAUGAUUGAUCAGUAGAAAAGUCUGUCAUUACCCGUAGGUACUGAUUGAUGGAUUGGGAUAGCAGAAGUAAAUAAAACCCAGAUGAACAUCAUAAAUCAAUAUAAGUUUUUCCCCUGUCUCCUAAACUGAACAUAAAACUAAAAAUAUGUAAUGUGGAUACACCGUUUUUUGGACUUGUAUAAUACAUAUCACAUGUUCUGCUCAAUGAGUAUAUAGCAGGUAUGUGCUAAAAUUCUUUUGGAAUACUUCCUUGAUUAAAACCUUUACUUCCUUCCAGUAUCAUAUGAAUUGUACAUACUCGAGGGCAGUGCUUUUCAUGCACUAAUCAUUAGCAUGUGUCCAGGAAAGCAUUAAUACAUUGCAACACAAUGAAAUUAGACUAGCUGGGUUAUUCUAGAUAGGUGUGAAUUUAAAAAAAAUGGAAUUGUAAAUUUUAUCUAAUCUAUACUGAUUGUCCGAUUCUUAACUAGGAAGAAUGAAAUCAUGCGUUAACAGACAUCAGCACUCCAAAAAUAUUACUGUGAAGGUGAAACCUUUAACUGCAAUGGAAAUCUUAUUUUGUAAUGAUAACUGUCUAUCAGAUCCUGAUAUAGACUCCCUACCAUGAUGGUUUUAUUUUUAAUGGCAUAACCGUUCGGGCAUUAACCCCAUCACUACCGAAGUAAUAUCAUUUCCUGAGAUGAUUUACUCGGAGUGUGCUUUAAUAUAAACCAGGAUUGACAAACUCCAACAUACAAACUACAAUUCCCAUAAAUCUAUGCCUAUCUUUUUCAUUCAAGGAAUUUGGGGAUUUGUAUUUCACCACCAUCUGGUAGACUGGAGUUUGACAACCGUGAUAAAAACAGUUAUUGACUACCAAGAUUUUCUAAAUAACUUUUUUUCCCUCAACAGACAAAACAUAAUAUACAAAGUAGGGAUAUGGCUGGACUGUAGAACUUGUGUUUGUACUAUAAGAUGUUAUGUUGUUUUUUUUUUUUUCCAUCUCACUAUCCUUUUGCACACACUGAAUAAGAAUAUAUAAUCUGCAUGAAAAAUAUAUUAAUAACAUGCGUUAUUGUGAAUAGCAAACGGUUAUGUAAUAUUUGGGAUGAUUAAUGGUGUCACGGUUCGUGGCCAUGCUUAUAAACAGUUAUUUUCACUUGUAUAACAGGGUACAAACAAACAUUGGUGCUAGGGUUUUCAUUGCCAUAUUAAAUGUAUAUGUCUACGAUUUCUAAUUAUCUAAAGGAGAUGUUACUAAUGGAUACAAAGCAUAUAUUAUACUUUCCUAACCUGUAAUACAUGUAACCAGUUGGAUAAGAAAAUGAUUCCGUACCUGUUAAGUUAAUAUUGUUUGGUGCUUAAAAGUUCAUUGUUUAUGGGAACAUUUCCACAUAAAAGUCAAUAUUUGAUGUAUAUGGUUGUGGAAAUCUGUGCUCUAUAACACAAAAGGCUGAACAAUGUCAUUUCUACACACAUUUUGAAAUCUUGUUUUGAGGUUGAGGUCACAGAUUAGGUGACUUUCUGUCUCUAUAUAUUACAAUUUUAAAGAACCUGGCAUUUAAACUAGAGACUGGUCAUCAAGAACUUAAUUUGCAAAACAACGAUACAUUGAUACAAUAUAUGUAUGAUCGCUUUUAAAUUUCGAUGCUCAGAGCAUCAGACUUUGUAUGUAUUGGAGGUGUCCAUGUGUGUGUUAUAUUACAUGUGUGCAGAAAGACAAAAAAAAAAUUUCCUGCUGCAAAUUUCUAAACCCCAACCUUUUAUUCUUAUCUUGAAGAACAAUAGCUUGCUUUGUAAUGUACUUUACACAACCGGCUUGAGCAAUGCAUGUUACACAAAAUCAGAUUCAUAUUUCAGAAUUGGUCAGUAACGCAUGAAGAAGCAUUGAUCAUCAGUGCAAGAAUAUAACGAUCUUUCCUUUAUUGAUCACCUCUCACGGUAAAUCAUGUCAGGAAGAAAAGGGAGAGAAUUAUUUGGUACUAUGGUUUUUAAAAGAAGAAGUAUUUUCCUUGUUCAGAUCUCCCAUCUAAUUAAAAAAAAUGUAUAAAAAUUAUCAUAGUGCUUUGAUAAGCAUUAAACAUACAUUAAACGAAGAAAACAUUUUCAAAUACAAGUUACGCCUAAAUAAAAUGACGGCAGAAUUAAAGUGACUAAAUGUAGAAUUGACCAUUACAUCCAGAAUUAAAUCGGAAUAGGGAAUUUCAAAUAUUUUAAGUUUUGUCAGAGGGGUUAUUAAAUAAAUCAGGGAGAAAUGGCACAUUUUAGGUCAAAAUGAUGUCUCCAAUUGGCGUAUACGUUCAGGUUCCAAUUUAGCAGAAAGCUUUGAAGGUGUGUAAGCAAUUUUAAACAUAUUUAAUUGUUACAAAGUAUUCUUUCCUAUAAUAAAACAUGACUUUUAGUUUACCUGUGCAGUAAUUAUCCCAAUGGACCGAUUUGUUAAGGAUAUUCAUUAGGAAACCAGUGCUAUUUUACUAAGAGGUACUUGUUGGAUAAAAGGUAGAGAUUGGGAAAUACAAGGCUCUGGUAAUUUCUUACAAAUGAUAAAUAAUUAAUCCACCCAUUGUUAAGCGCUGCGGAAUUUGACGGCGCUCUAUAAAUAUCAUAAUAAUAAUAAAAUGGUUGACAAAUUCUGUUUUAUAUCAGGAGCCAUUGCAUUUUAAAAAACAAAUAGUCCAGAUAUUGAAAAAAUCGUUGACCUAUCAGUUUUCAAAAAGUCAAGCUAAUGUAUUAAUUUGUGGAGAGGUUCCAUGUAAGUAAUUAUAGUGUACUUUAAAAAUUGCUGGCUAACCAUUCAGGUUGUGUUAUAUAAUUACUUUUGGCAGAGAAAAUAAUAAACAGUUUAAAUGUAGCAGAAAAUCUAAAUAUCAAUACCAGUGAUAUUGCGUUGCAAAGAAAAUGAAAUAAAAUAUUCCCAUAUUAUAAUGAAUAUGUGCUGGCAAUAUAAUACACACAUUGGCACAACGCUGCAAUGCUGCAAAUACUGUGGGGCUCUCCCGGGAUCCAAACACUGAGGACAUAAAUGACUUUGGAAAAUUCAGAAGUUUUUAGCAUUCCAUUAAAACCAAGCCCAGAUGUGGUUUUACUUUGUGUUAACAUUUUAUUAACCAUUAGAGCAAAAGAAAAUAUAUUUUUUUAUUGCCAUAGAGAUCACAAAAGCAAAAUGGAUAGUUAAUUAAACACUAACAGGGUUAUUUACUUAAAGGGAAACUAUAGUGCCAGGAAAACAAAGUUGUUCCAUCACGCCCCCUCCCUCCCAUGGUGCAGAAGGGGUUAAAAAUCCCUCCUGUCAUUUACAUGAGUCUAGCGCCAAUGUCCCUCUGCAUUGGUUCAGGCUCUGCCAACACCCCUCCAUAUGCUUUCCUAUGGGGAUUUACACAAUGCUGGAUGUCCUCAUGCAUAGCGACCUAACGCCCCAGGAAGUACCUGUAGUGGCUGGCUGGUAGACAGCAACUAGAGGUGGAGUUAACCCUCAAAGGCAAUUAUUACAAUAUACUAAAAACUGCAGUACCUUUGCAGGGUUAAGGGAUCUUGGGCUAUGCACCCAGACUACUUUAAUGAGCUGAAGUGGUCUGGGUGCCUAUAAUGUCACUUUUAAGUGAGCAUUCAGAGCAAAUUGAAAGUGAAUUUCAAAUUUAAAGGGACUCUAUAGUCACCAGAGCAACUACAUCUUAUUAUAUUUGUUCUGGUGAGUAGAAUCAUUCCCUUCAGGCUUUUUGAAGUAAACACUGUCUUUUCAGAGAAAAUGCAGUUUCUACAUUACAGCCUAGGGGUAACUCCACUGGCCACUCCUCAGAUGGUUACUAAAGGUGCUUCCUGGGGCAGUACUGCCACUCAGUUUCUCCACCCUCUGCAUGGAGACACUGAACUUUCCUCAUAGAGAUUCAUUGAUUCAGUGCAUCUGUAUGAGGAAAUGGUGAUUGGCCAGGGCUGUGUUUGACUUAUGCUGGUUCUGCCCCUGAUCUGCCUCCUUGACAGUCUCCUAUGGGAAAGCAUUGUGAUUGGCUCUGAGACUGACUUCUGAUGAUGUCAGCCAAGUACCCAGAUUAGAGGCAGCUGCUGCAGACUAGAAUAAAAGUAAGAUUUUACUAGAUUUAGGGAGGCAAGGGUAGGUGGGGGGGCAUAGGGGGCUAGACAGUGGUUUUAACACUAUAGGGACAGGAAGACAUGUUUGUGAUCCUGACCCUAUAGUGUUCCUUUAAAGGACCACUAUAGGCACCAAGACCACUUCCGCUCAAUGAAGUGGUCUGGGUGCCCGGUCCCCCUAUUUUUAACCCUGCAGUUGAAGGGUUAAUCCAGCCUCUAGAGGCUGUCUUUUUUCCUCAAUAUGUUGUGUGUGUGUAUAUAUAUAUAUAUAUAUAUAUAUAUAUAUAUAUAUAUAUAUAUAUCUCUUGAACUAGUUUUAAUUAUGAAAAUUACUUAGAAAUUAGUUAAAGUGAAUAAAGACCACUAAAAAUGUCUCCUUAUGUCCUUCCUGUCAAGUCAUUUGAAUGCUGGAAAAGCAUAGCUGUAUUCUGAGAUUAACUUGUGUUUCUACAUUAUGAUUAGCUGCUCUGAACAAACCGGUAUUAAACUUAGAAUUACAAUGUGCUUAAUAAAUAAACAUUUUUUAUAUUUACUGACUUAUUAUCUUGCAUAGUAAAAUGUUAUCAUUCUUGUAUUUUACACUGUAAGCUGUGAUGUCAAAUAUUCUGUUUUUUUUUAAUUUUGUAGCAAUGCGUUGUUUUCACAUUUUACAAUAGAUAUGAAUGCAUUGUAUACAUUGCCUUCGUAUGCAGAAACAAUGUAAUGCAAUUUGUUUCCGGUCAUCA